AUGAAAUGCUCUGACACCAGGUUGGUAAGUCAUCUUUCUUUCACCCAUCACCCUCUCACUCACCUUUAGGUUUAGAUUCACUACCCCAAACACACACACUCACUCCCUCUCAGCUGUGCUGCAUAUGUGGCAAGGGCAGCAUCUAUGAGAGCUUUGUGUUGCUUGUAGCGGGACAGGGGUAUUUUGUGACAUAAAAUUGUAGCAGAUGUUGAUGCGGGUGUAGCGAAAUGCUUAUGUUACUAGCUCCAACAGUGCAGUAAUAUCUAAUAAUACACACACAUUUAAAAGUAAAGAAUGGAAAUAUAGAAAUAUCAGGAUGAGCAAUGUCGUAGUCCGGAGUAUAAGUGUGUGUGUGUGUGUGUGUGUGUGAUGUAUAGACAUUAUGGACAGUAUGUGGAUAGAAUAUGGAGUAUAUCUGAAGAGUACAUGGAUGGAAUAGUAUAUGUACAGCAAUAGUUGAAUAGGAUGGCCUUGACUACAAUACAGUAUAUACAUAUGAAAUGAGUAAAACAGUAUGUAAACAUUAUUAAAGUGAGCAGUGUUCCAUGUCUAUGUACAAAGGGCAGCAGCCUCUUAGGUGCAGGGAUGAGUAACCGGGUGGUAGCCGGCUAGUGAUGGCUAUUUUAGUCUGAUGGCCUUGAGAUGGAAUCAGUUUUUCAGUCUCUCGAUCCCAGCAUUGAUGCACCUGUACUGACCUCACUGUUGCGCCGCCUUCACCACAAUGUCUGUGUGGGGUGGAACAUUUCAGAUUGUCAGUGAUGUGUACGCCGAGGAACUUGAAGCUUUUAACCUUCUUCACUGUGGGCAUGCUCUCUCUGCUGUCUCCUGAAGUCCACAAUCCGCUCCUUCAUUUUUGUUAAUGUUGAGGGAGAGGUUAUUUUCCUGGCACCACUCUGCCAGGGCCCUCACUUCCUCUCUGUAGGCUGUCUCGUUGUUGGUAUCGCACCAGUCCAGACAAACUCACCAGCUGUGAGCUUGACUUGCUAAGUCUGUAAGGUGCGGGCACAGACUGUACUACUAGCAUCAGACUUAAUUGACAUUUUACAGCCCCAUCUUAGGUCAAUAAAUGUCACAUACUUGUCCUUUUUGAUCUGCCUGCUCCGUCACUGGCAGCUACAUUUGGGCUUCUCACCCUUCUGAUCCAUUCUCUCUAGGCUAGUCUGCUUCACCCUACUUACGCCAUGACACAAUUAUGAUUCCUGUCCAUAGCCGCGGGAAGUAGGGGUGCUGCAUCGCCCCCUGAUACAUUGAAAUAAUUUUGCCAAAAUUAUAUAAUUACUCCUCUCUGAACACUGACUGAAUUUGGGCAGCACGCACGCCAAAUAGCAAACAACUUGUGUUGCAGUCAUAAGACUAUAAUCCAUAGAAGGGUUUUGGAACCUCUCACCCAGGAAUUUGACUGGUAAACUCAUGGGUAUGCUCAAAAUGGCUGCCAGUUCUGACUUGAAUGGUCAAUGUCAUUCUAUGGAUUAUAUUUCUCUUCGCGCUGUCAGUGAGUAGCAACAUUUUAGACCCUACAGGAUUCCACGAUUCGGUGAUCACCAUUUUUUGUGUGCAAAAUAAACAAUUCCCUGCAUAUUAUCAGUGCAUUAUUUCUGCAUAAAACAGUCAAAUCAUCGCAACAAUAUCUCAUGAAACUGACCCAUCACCCCAGUACAAAAAGAGGGCUCGCAAUUUCAAUCAAUCAGUGCACAUCUUCCGCAUAAUAUGGUUCAAUCAAGCCACACGUCAAGAUUUUUUCCCUCAGUGCAUUUCCGCUACAAAUUGCACCAAAUCCAGAGUGUCAGAAAUUUACAUUUUACAUUUUAGUCAUUUAGCAGACGCUCUUAUCCAGAGCGACUUACAAUUAGUGAAUAUAUAUAUAUAUAUAUAUAUAUAUAUAUAUAUAUAUAUAUAUAAAUAGCAUCACAAUGCUUCCGUGCACAAUGAAAGGUCCAUACAGAAGUGGUUUGUUGAGAUCGGUGUGGAAGAACUUGACUGGCCUGCACAGAGCCCUGACCUCAACCCCAUCGAAAAUCUUCAGGAUUAAUUAGAACGUCGACUGCGAGCCAGGCCUAACAUCAGUGCCCGACCUCACUAAUGCUCUUGUAGCUGAAUGGAAGUAAGUCCAUGCAGCAAUGUUCCAACAUCUAGUGGAAAACCUUCCCAGAAGAGUGUAGGCUGUAAUAGCAGCAAAGGGGGGACCAACUCGAUAUUAAUGCCCAUGAUUUUGGAAUGAGAUGUUCGACAAGCAGGUGUCCACAUGCUUCUGUCGUGUAUGUGUAUAUCUCUACUCCUAAUACUGUACAAGCUGUCUUUUUAUUUUCCCUGGGCCAGGUCAAGACCAGGUCAUUUUUUAUUUAUUCAUUAUCUGUUUGACAGUGUCAGUAGCCACUAAUUUCAGUCAUUUGUGUAGUAUUAAAAAAAAUACUGAUAAUUUCUCCUGUCAUGUAGGCAUUAAUGACGUAAAAUUAAGGCCUACCAUCAACUCAAAACAUAUUCUCGUGGCUAUGGGAGUGUCAUGUCUCGACCAUUCUUCCCUCGCUACUUUUCCCCUCUACCCUUCUAUUCCGGUGUGGUUCUGCUAUCUAGGCCUGUCUCCAGUUUCAGAUUUAAUGCUGUACAGUCAGUCUGUCCAGGUUGCUGCUGGAACGUUGUGUCCUGUCAGUGUAUCAGAUAUGUAUUAAUCACAAUCUGUUGCUUUGGUGCUAGCCAGGACAUUCACGCCAAGGUGACUUAAGGGGAUGUGUCCCAAAUGCCACCCUAUUCCCAUAUAGUGCACUACUUUUGACUAGAGCCUUCUGGUCAAAAGUAGUGCACUAAUAUGUAUGUGUGUGUGUGUGUGUGUGAGUGUGUAUAUAUGUACAGUUGAAGUUUGAAGUUUACAUACACUUAGGUUGGAGUCACUAAAACUCGUUUUUCAACCACUCCACAAAUUUCUUGUUAACAAACUAUAGUUUUGGCAAGUCGGUUAGGACAUCUACUUUGUGCAUGACACAAGUAAUUUUUCCAACAAUUGUUUACAGACAGAUUAUUUCACUUAUAAUUCACUGUAUCACAAUUCCAGUGGGUCAGAAGUUUACAUAUGGUAAGUUGACUGCCUUUAAACAGCGUAGAAAAUUCCAGAAAAUGAUGUCAUGACUUUAGAAGCUUCUGAUAGGCUAAUUGACAUAAUUUGAGUCAAUUGGAGGUGUACCUGUGAAUGUAUUUCAAGGCCUACCUUCAAACUCAGUGCCUCUUUGCUUGACAUCAUGGGAAAAUCAAAAGAAAUCAGCCAAGACCUCAGAAAACAACAAAUUGUAGACCUCCGCAAGUCUGGUUCAUCCUUGAGAGCAAUUUCCAAACGCCUGAAGGUACCAUGUUCAUCUGUACAAACAAUAGUACGCAAGUAUAAACACCAUGGGACCACGCAGCCGUCAUACCGCUCAGGAAGGAGACGCGUUCUGUCUCCUAGAGAUGAACGUACUUUGGUGCGAAAAUCAAUCCCAGAACAACAAAGGACCUUGUGAAGAUGCUGGAGGAAACAGGUACAAAAGUAUCUAUAUCCACAGUAAAAUGAGUCUGAUAUCGACAUAACCUGAAAGGCCGCUCAGCAAGGAAGAAGUCACUGCUCCAAAACUGCCAUAAAAAAGCCAGACUACGGUUUGCUACUGCACAUGGGGACAAAGAUCUUACUUUUUGGAGAAAUGUCCUCUGGUCUGAUGAAACAGAAAUAGAACUGUUUGGCCAUAAUGACCAUCGUUAUGUUUUGAGAAAAAACGGGGCGGCUUGCAAGCCGAAGAACACCAUCCCAAUCAUGAAGCACGGGGGUAGCAGCAUCAUGCUGUGGGGGUGCUUUGCUGCAGGAAGGACUUGUGCACUUCACAAAAUAGAUGGCAUCAUGAGGAAGGAAAAUUAUGUGGAUAUAUUGAUCUCAAGACAUCAGUCAGGAAGUUAAAGCUUGGUCGCAAAUGGGUCUUCCAAAUGGACAAUGAUCCCAAGCAUACUUCCAAAGGUUUUGGAAAAAUGGUUUAAGGACAACAAAGUCAAGGUAUUGGAGUGGCCAUCACAAAGCCCUGACCUCAAUCCUAUAGAGAAUUUGUGGGCAGAACUGAAAAAGCGUGUGUGAGCAAGGAGGCCUACAAACCUGACUCAGUUACACCAGCUCUGUCAGGAGGAAUGGGCCAAAAUUCACCCAACUUAUUGUGGGAAGCUUGUGGAAGGCUACCUGACACGUUUGACCCAAGUUAAACAAUUUAAAGGCAAUGCUACCAAAUACUAAUUGAGUGUAUGUAAACUUCUGACCCACUGGGAAUGUGAUGAAAGAAAUCAAAGCUGAAAUAAAUCAUUCUCUCUACUAUUAUGCUGACAUUUCACAUUCUUAAAAUAAGGUGGUGAUCCUAACUGACCUAAAACAGGGAAUUUGUACUAGGAUUAAAUGUCAGGAAUUGUGAAAAACUGAGUUUAAAUAUAUAAGGUGUAUGUAAACUUCCGACUUCAACUGUAUGUAUGUGUAUGUACAUUUUACAUUUUAGUCAUUUAGCAGACUAUCUUAUCCAGAGCGACUUACAGGAGAAAUUAGGGUUAAGUGCCUUGCUCAAGGGCACAUCGACAGAUUUUUCAUCUAGUCGGCUCGGGAAUUAGAAGCAGCGACCUUUCGGUUACUGUCGCCCCCCCCGUGUGUGUGAUGCAAUUUGGGACGCAGCCACUGUACCAGGGUCUUGCCUUACUUACUGGCGCCGGGCCACGUGAUUGUGCAAGGCAGCAGUCUACCACUUUUAUCAAUGAUAUCAGCAUGUGUAGGCUAUGUUGUGGUUUGGAGGCUUUUACUGUAGAUCAGCUAGGCAUUGAGACUCAUACAAUAAAGCCAAAAUAUUUGGUUUGUGGUUUGCUAGCCGUUUUUCACUCGUCUCAUGUGUUCCCCCUUCCUCCAGUCACAUGCUCCUUGCUGCCGGACCCGUUUCGCAAGCCAGUGAGGUUGUGUGGUUCCUGGUAUUUAGAUGAGUGUGGUUGGGCCAUGUGGGAAAUCAGCUGCUUGUACAUAUGGCUGCUGCCUAGCAGAGGCAUUCAGUUCCUGGAGUUGGAGCCAACCAGUAAAGCAGGGGGUGGGGUUAGUUAGCCCUGGGGAAGUGUGACUUCCAGUACAAUAAAAUGUUGUCGGAGGAAGGAUGUUUGAGAUGAGAGGCCUACAGAGAUAGUCAGAUUUGGCUUUGAUGGUGAUAUGAUUGAAGGAAAACAAAUGGAUCUAGGCCUAUUGUAGACAACGUGCCUAACAAAUAAGAUAGAGAAUUAUGAUUUUCCAUAGUGUAGUCUCUCUGACUGCUUGUCCGUAAUGUCACCCAGACUGUGGAAACAUUCACUCUGUUCUGAUUCUGAAACAUUAAUAUUAUCAUGACAAAGCGGGCAUUAUCAGAUGACUGUUGGCAUUUCAGCCAGGGGAGAUUGUAGUAUGAUAAGAUGUAACUUUGACAAGAUGUAAUGCCACUGUCCCUACUGGCUCCGGACCAUAGCUACGCACGCGCAUGCAUGCGCACACACACACCAGGGUUUCCGUUAGGACAACGUGACCGGGAAUCACAUUUAGAUUAUGGUAAUGCAUCUUAACAGGACAUGCAACUCCUGUAAUGAAGCAGCCAAUAAAACAUAUUUUUCAAAACAUUUGCCAAAAUGCAAUUCGCAGGGAAAACACCAUUCUAAACCGUGUACCUGAUGACAGCGGUUCCAUAUGUGACAGAGAUUAAAUUCUCUGUUAGAAACUUAAAAAGAGGGGGAAUCUAAAGAUGCAACAACAAGAAUGGGUUGCUAGUAUGACUAGGAUUGUGCCUUUGGCUUCUGGACAAGGAAAUAAAGUUGAUAUGAAAACCAAUAGAACAAGAGAGAAAUGACAUUGAAGCAGGUUCUCUAGGCUGAAAUAAAUUUGCCUAAAUUAUAAAAUUACUCCUGUCUAUACAGAAUUAAAUCAUUCAAAAUAAUUCACCAGAAAGCAUGACUUAGCCAAAGAAGAAUUGAGGAUAAUUUGCUUCAAAUCACAAGCUCAUAGGCCUAUGUCUAUUUGGGCAGCGGGAGUGGCAAUAGGCCUAGCUGAUUUGAGUUGCGGCUGUCAGUGAAAAGCAUUAACAAUAUGUGUGAAGAUAAUGUGUCUUGAUUAUAAUUUAAAAUGUUGAGAUGAAGAAGAAGGGGAGGGGUGUGUGCUAUAGGCAAGUCUCUCUCCAGAAUGGCUCAGCUGUCUCUCGCCAGUUCUUACACAUUCAUUUUGUCAGUGUGAAUUGUUUGCCCUUUGAUUGUUUUAUUUUUUUAUAAAUUGUCAAUUACAACAGAAUGGCUGAGUAGAGAGAUGACUGCGAUUAGAAAUAAUCUGAAUUUUCAUUUUCUAGUACUGUUUUUAUUUGUUAGCUUUGUAUUUUUUUUACUUAGUUGACAAUAGAGGUUAUAGGCAUACUGCUGCAUUUGUCUAUAGGCUAUGAGUUCCAUGCGCUCAUUUCUUAAGCCGCCAAUGAAUCACAGUAUCAAUGUGUCCAUAUGGCAGAGGCUGGUGCUCUCGCAUUAGUUGAAUUUUAUUCAGAUUUUUAUCUUUAACCAUGUGACAAUGAUUUUGAGAAACAUUUUAUUUAUUUAUUUAUUUAUUUAUUAUUGAAAUGAAACUGUUCCACAAAUGGUGAAUGGGAGGCGCGCUUCAAUUACCAGUUGAGAAAUAAAAAUAGUAGCUCAUUUUAAUCAUGCACUAAAACAGUUUUUAACAUGCGAUUGCAUUUAUUGUUGGGCAAUGAACGGGCGUAUAAACGCACAUAUACAUAUAUAUAUAUAUAUAUAUAUAUAUAUAUUAGGAUACUACAACAGCAACCAGCUGAGCCGUUGCAGGAGAUAUGCCUCUCAAGAUAGGCGCUGCGCGUGUGUGAUAGUUGUGUUGGAUAAAAAAGAUGCAUGAAGACUAACGAAAAUACACAAUGCAAUUUAAUUCUAAAUUAUGCAAAUUAACCUAUAGACCGAUAAGCAUGACGGUCAAAUGUAUUUACAUCGACUAGUAUUUCCAUCAAUGAAUAAAAAGCAUUAUUUUAUAAUGUUUUUUUUCCUUCCACCCCGGUCAUUUUGUCCAGCAGCAGUUUUAUCAGCUAACGGAAACCCUGACACACACUAAAUGUGCUAAUUGAACACAACAUUAUGUAUGCUAACUUCAGUGGUAAAGCAACAAAAUAGAGACACGCUUAUAACCACAUAUCUAGGCCUAAACAAACAGAUGAUUGUUCCUUUGCAUAGCUACCAAUGUCACUGCAUGGCAACCCUAAUGAUCAUUGAAUUAUCAUGUCAGAAUAGACGUCAGACUUGGCUAAUAAUCAAUAGGGAAUAUUGGUUAAUAUUUAUGCUAGCGUCCUGUCCAGGGAGUGCACUGGUACAUCAAGCUGCCUCAUGCUACAGAAUCAGGAGAUAUGCUCCUGCCCUAUGAGCCUUUCUGGCUCGAACAAGGCUUACAGUGGGGAAAAAAAGUAUUUAGUCAGCCACCAAUUGUGCAAGUUCUCCCACUUAAAAAGAUGAGAGGCCUGUAAUUUUCAUCAUAGGUACACGUCAACUAUGACAGACAAAAUGAGGAAAAAAAAUCCAGAAAAUCACAUUGUAGGAUUUUUAAUGAAUUUAUUUGCAAAUUAUGGUGGAAAAUAAGUAUUUGAUCACCUACAAACAAGCAAGAUUUCUGGCUCUCACAGACCUGUAACUUCUUCUUUAAGAGGCUCCUCUGUCCUCCACUUGUUACCUGUAUUAAUGGCACCUGUUUGAACUUAUCAGUAUAAAAGACACCUGUCCACAACCUCAGUCACACUCCAAACUCCACUAUGGCCAAGACCAAAGAGCUGUCAAAGGACACCAGAAACAAAAUUGUAGACCUGCACCAGGCUGGGAAGACUGAAUCUGCAAUAGGUAAGCAGCUUGGUUUGAAGAAAUCAACUGUGGGAGCAAUUAUUAGGAAAUGGAAGACAUACAAGACCACUGAUAAUCUCCCUCGAUCUGGGGCUCCACGCAAGAUCUCACCCUGUGGGGUCAAAAUGAUCACAAGAACGGUGAACAAAAAUCCCAGAACCACACGGGGGGACCUAGUGAAUGACCUGCAGAGAGCUGGGACCAAAGUAACAAAGCCUACCAUCAGUAACACACUACGCUACCAGGGACUCAAAUCCAGCAGUACCAGACGUGUCCCCCUGCUUAAGCCAGUACAUGUCCAGGCCCGUCUGAAGUUUGCUAGAGUGCAUUUGGAUGAUCCAGAAGAGGAUUGGGAGAAUGUCAGAUGAAACCAAAAUAGAACUUUUUGGUAAAAACUCAACUCGUCGUGUUUGGAGGACAAAGAAUGCUGAGUUGCAUCCAAAGAACACCAUACCUACUGUGAAGCAUGGGGGUGGAAACAUCAUGCUUUGGGGCUGUUUUUCUGCAAAGGGACCAGGACGACUGAUCCGUGUAAAGGAAAGAAUGAAUGGGGCCAUGUAUCAUGAGAUUUUGAGUGAAAACCUCCUUCCAUCAGCAAGGGCAUUGAAGAUGAAACGUGGCUGGCUCUUUCAGCAUGACAAUGAUCCCAAACACACCGCCCGGGCAAUGAAGGAGUGGCUUCGUAAGAAGCAUUUCAAGGUCCUGGAGUGGCCUAGCCAGUCUCCAGAUCUCAACCCCAUAGAAAAUCUUUGGCGGGAGUUGAAAGUCCGUAUUGCCCAGUGACAGCCCCAAAACAUCACUGCUCUAGAGGAGAUCUGCAUGGAGGAAUGGGCCAAAAUACCAGCAACAGUGUGUGAAAACCUUGUGAAGACUUACAGAAAACGUUUGACCUGUGUCAUUGCCAACAAAGGGUAUAUAACAAAGUAUUGAGAAACUUUUGUUAUUGACCAAAUACUUAUUUUCCACCAUAAUUUGCAAAUAAAUUCAUUAAAAAUCCUACAAUGUGAUUUUCGGGAUUUUUUUUCCUCAUUUUCUCUGUCAUAGUUGAUGUGUACCUAUGAUGAAAAUUACAGGCCUCUCUCAUAUUUUUAAGUGGGAGAACUUGCACAAUUGGUGGCUGACUAAAUACUUUUUUUCCCCACUGUACUUAUCCAUCUUCCUCUCUCUGUCUCCCUUUCCUAAGGUCAGUUGGAUAGAUACUUGUACCACCUCCAGUUACAUCUAGAUUACUCUCUUUUUCUCUCUCAAGGUGGAUAAAUACCUGUACCACCUGCGGUUAUCGGACGAGAACCUGAUGGACGUAUCGGUGAGAUUCCGACGGGAGAUGGACAAGGGUCUGGGCCGUGACUCCAACCCCACGGCUGCUGUCAAGAUGCUGCCCACGUUUGUGCGCUCCACCCCUGAUGGGACAGGUGAGAGCGUCGAGGGAGGGGGCUUGACUGACAGCUGUUGAGUCAUUUUUUUAAAAUUUAUUUUUAGGUUGUGUCGUAAAUAAAGAGACGCCAAACCCACCACUGGUAUGUAUGGCCUAUGAUCUCUAUUUUCAUGUCAUCUGAUCAAAGCACUGCCUGGAGUUUGAUAAACUGCAUUGGCGCUUGGAUUGGAACCGGUGCUAUGGUCAGAUGACAUGAAAAUAGAGCUCUUUGGCCACGCACACCAAUGGUAGGUUUGGCAUCGAAAAACAGAAAGAUGUGCAGAAAAGUACCUAAUACCUACAGUCAAAUAUGGGGGUGGAUCUUUGAUGUUAUGGGUCAACAGCAUCAUGAACUUUACCAAGUACCAGGACAUUUUAGCCAAAAACCUGGUUGCUCUGCCAGGAGGCUGACACUUGGCCACAAGUUGAUCUUCCAGCAAGACAAUCCCAAGCGCUUAUCAAAAUCCAAAAAGAAAUGGUUAAUUGACCACAAAAUCAACCUUUUGCAAUGGCCAUCUCAGUAUCCAGACUUGAAACCCAUUGAAAACCUGUGGUUUGAAUGUAAGAGGACAGUCCAUAAGUACAGACAAAGGAUAUCAAUGAUCUGGAAAGAUUCUGUAUAGGGGAAUGGUGUAAGAUCCCUCCCAACGUGUUCUCCAUUCUCAUAAAAUAUUUUAGAAAAAGGCUGUGUCGUUAUCAUCGCAAGGGCGGGUGCUAGAGUUUUAUCUUGUUCUUGAUACCGUGUCUUGUUUUGACUGAUGUCAUGUCUAUGUUAAUAUGGUUCAAAUUCGCUAGGUAGCUAACCAAUAACUGUAACGAUUUGAGAGAAGUGCUCAUUGUGCAAAGGUAUUUAUGUUUUCAGUAAACAUUGGAUGCGAAAUGUAGUUUACAUGUUGUCAACAAUCUAAGCCAACCCCGUCUGUUUUGCCCCAUAGUUGCACACACGCCGGUUUUGUUGCUAAACAACCAACCCGUCUAUAGACCGGCAGCAAAAAAAGUUUCUUAUGAGUGCAUUUCACACUACCUUUGGAUUAUAAUUAGAUUGAAAGUCUCAUGAAUGUCCUGCUUAAUAUAAUGUUUGUGUUAUCGUUGCUAAUCAACUGCAUUAUACCCCAAAAAUAAACACUUCAACCAGUAAAAUGGCUCUUUGGCACCGGACUAUAUCAAUGAGCGUUAGCAUUUUAGCAAACAACUGCUGCAUCCAAAAUAGGUAUUUUGCAACUAUUACGACCAAAUAUAAUUUUGCCGACUGUUCAAGCAACAACGUAAGCCUAUGAGAACCCCAGAAAGUGUUUUUGUUUAGAAGUAAUAACUAUGUAAAUCUAGGAAAAGUUGAAUGGGCGCAGAUUGUGAAUGAAAGUUUUUCUUUUUCAAGGUGGCCGUUGUACUUGUUUAGGAUAUGAAUAGCUGCUUGGAGUAUGCUUAGAAAUAUUUCAACUAUGGACAGUUCUGUAAUUUGCUGAGAUGAAUAGGACGUCAGGGAGGUUUUUGAUUGAUUAACCACUUUAGAUUUAAUUUUAUUAGGAUCCCGAUUAGCUGACGCCAUAAGGACAGCUAGUCUUCCUGUGGUCCGACGCAUAACUAAAACGACAUUACAGACAAAAAUACUUUAUAAUUUACAUACAAUGACCAAUUUAGGUAAUGAGAGUAUGCUGGUGAAGAAUGGCACAUACAGUACCAGUCAAGUUUGGACACACCUACUCAUUCCAGGGUUUUUAUUUAUUUUUACUAUUUUCUACAUUGUAGAAAACAGGACAAUGACCCAACACACCUCCAGGCUGUAUAAGGGCUAUUUUACCAAGAAGGAGAGUGAUGGAGUGCUGCAUCAGAUGACCUGGCUUCCACAAUCCCCCGACCUCAACCCAAUUGAGAUGGUUUGGGAUUAGUCGGACCGCAGAGUGAAGGAAAAUCAGCCAACAAGUGCUCAGCAUAUGUUUAACACUUUUUUUUUGGUUACUACAUGAUUCCAUAUGUGUUAUUUCAUAGUUUUGAUGUUUUCACUAUUAUUCUACAAUGUAAAAAUAAAGAAAAACCCUGGAAUGAGUAGAUGUGUCCAAACUUUUGGACUGGUAGUGUAUAACAUCCGAGCUCUGUUACAAUAUCCAUCCACGCUAGCGUUCCACUAAGAAGGAAACUGUGAUUUGGGCAUGCGCUCUACCUGUAGGCCUACUCUGCAUGAACAUUGUGAUGUGAAGCCUUGAGUCCCAGCUGCGUUUUCCCUGAGUUUGACCUGUUAGUGACUGUGACCGAAACAACAGGUGGCAUAUCAAAAACACUCUCAGAGACUGGGGAAGGUGAUUUGUCAUUAGUGACUGGAGAGGAACGGUAAAUGUGAAUUGUAGAGGUGACCAGGCCAAACCUCUGUUUGCCCAGCCUGUUGACUCAGGUCAUUAUUGGCACGUUAAACCCCAGCCUAGCAGAUAAGUGUCUAUCCAACUGAACUGCUAUUAUCGCUCUCAACUCUCUCUCAACUCGCUCUCGCUCUCUCUCGCUCUGCCCUUCUGUCUUUGUUCUCAUGUCAUGGUUCUAUUUUCUACAGAAAUGUGUUCCUUAAGUUGAGACUGACCAUCGAUCAAGUAUUCCUCACUUUGAAAAGGCAUUCAAAUUAAAAGGUCAUUGAAAUGUUGAAUUUUAGGCUAGUCACUUAACAAAUGUGACACGAUUCAAAACAUAUUUUAUACUUGUUUAUUGAGUUGAAUAAAACCUCUGAGUGUGGUAAUUAACAUUUUAUGUUGGUUGUCUGCUUGUUAUGCAUUAAAACGGAAUGUCAGUCCAUUGAAAGAUUCACCACUUUAUAUCUCAUGAAACUGUUAAAGAUGCUACACAGGCUUUUCAAAAUGUAUUUUGCGUUGUAAUUUCAGAAAAUGUCCAUGAUAUAGCUGCAGUACAUUUUAUUAAUUUAGCAGACGCUCUUAUCCAAAGCGACGUACAGUUAGUGCAUUCAUCUUAGGAUAGCUAGGCGGGACAACCACACAUCAGUCAUAGUAAGUACAUUUUUCCUCAAAGUAGUUAUCAGCAAAGUCAGAGCUAGUAAACCGGAUGAACAUCAUGAAAAUGAUCGGAGAGGUUGAGGGUAGAGGAAGUUCAGGAGUAAAAACAAACUAAAUACAGUGAGGGGGAAAAAAAGUAUUUGAUCCCCUGCUGAUUUUGUACGUUUGCCCACUGACAAAGACAUGAUCAGUCUAUAAUUUUAAUGGUAGGUUUAUUUGAACAGUGAGAGACAGAAUAACAACAAAAAAAUCCAGAAAAACGCAUGUCAAAAAUGUUACAAAUUGAUUUGCAUUUUAAUGAGGGAAAUAAGUAUUUGACCCCUCUGCAAAACAUGACUUAGUACUUGGUGGCAAAACCCUUGUUGGCAAUCAGAGGUCAGACGUUUCUUGUAGUUGGCCACCAGGUUUGCACACAUCUCAGGAGAGAUUCUGUCCCACUCCUCUUUGCAGGUCUUCUCCAAGUCAUUAAGGUUUCGAUGCUGACGUUUGGCAACUCGAACCUUCAGCUCCCUCCACAGAUUUUCUAUGGGAUUAUGGUCUGGAGACAGGCUAGGCCACUCCAGGACCUUAAUGUGCUUCUUCUUGAGCCACUCCUUUGUUGCCUUGGCCGUGUGUUUUGGGUCAUUGUCAUGCUGGAAUACCCAUCCACGACCCAUUUUCAAUGCCCUGGCUGAGGGAAGGAGGUUCUCACCCAAGAUUUGACAGUACAUGGCCCCAUCCAUCGUCCCUUUGAUGCAGUGAAGUUGUCCUGUCCCCUUAGUAGAAAAACACCCCAAAAGCAUAAUGUUUCCACCUCCAUGUUUGACGGUGGGAAUGGUGUUCUUGGGGUCAUAGGCAGCAUUCCUCCUCCUCCAAACACGGCGAGUUGAGUUGAUGCCAAAGAGCUCGACUUUGGUCUCAUCUGACCACAACACUUUCACCCAGUUCUCCUCUGAAUCAUUCAGAUGUUCAUUGGCAAACUUCAGACGGGCCUGUAUAUGUGCUUUCUUGAGCAGGGGGACCUUGAGCAGGAUUUCAGUCCUUCACGGCGUAGUGUGUUACCAAUUGUUUUCUUGGUGACUAUGGUCCCUGCUGCCUUGAGAUCAUUGACAAGAUCCUCCCGUGUAGUUCUGGGCUGAUUCCUCACCGUUCUCAUGAUCAUUGCAACUCCACGAGGUGAGAUCUUGCAUGGAGCCCCAGGCUGAGGGAGAUUGACAGGUCUUUUGUGUUUCUUCCAUUUGCGAAUAAUCGCACCAACUGUUGUCACCUUCUCACCAAGCUGCUUGGCGAUGGUCUUGUAGCCCAUUCCAGCCUUGUGUAGGUCUACAAUCUUGUCCCUGACAUCCUUGGAGAGCUCUUUGGUCUUGGCCAUGGUGGAGAGUUUGGAAUCUGAUUGAUUGCUUCUGUGGACAGGUGUCUUUUAUACAGGUAACAAACUGAGAUUAGGAGCACACUCUUAAAGGGAGUGCUCCUAAUCUCAGUUUACCUGUAUAAAAGACACCUGGGAGCCAGAAAUCUUUCUGAUUGAGAGGGGGUCAAAUACUUAUUUCCCUCAUUAAAAUGCAAAUCAAUUUAUAACAUUUUUGACAUGCGUUUUUCUGGAUGUUAUUUUUGUUGUUAUUCUGUCUCUCACUGUUCAAAUAAACCUACCAUUUAAAAUUAGACUGAUAAUUUCUUUGUCAGUGGGCAAACGUACAAAAUCAGCAGGGGAUCAAAUACUUUUUUCCCUCACUGUGUAUGUAUGUGUGAUUGGCUGUGAUUUUCGCCUAUUGAUUUCUCCCGCUGGCUUCUGUUGUCAAAAUGGGAAAGCUGUUUUGACUUUGGCUGUGUUGUCUAGUGUAAACCGGGGCAAGCUGCCAAUGUAGAAAUCGUCAUUUCCUGGUUGCUAAAACUCUACACUGUUCACUCAAUUUCAGUUUAUUGAAGAAUAUAAGCACUGAAUAGUGUAGGGAAUCAUUGUACCAUCUAAAUUGCUGUGAAAUAUAUUUUCAAUAACAAAAAAUAUAGUCUUUCCAUCUGUUUUAAGCUGGUAGACCAAAACUGAAAGUAAAAGGCUCAAAAUGCUAGUCUCCGCCAUGUUAUGGGGAAGUAAGAUGAGGGGGAGAUUGUUAUAAAUGCAGUCUAGUGCUGUUGCAAUUCACAUACAGCGGGGAGAAGUAUUUGAUACGCUGCCGAUUUUGCAGGUUUUCCUACUUACAAAGCAUGUAGAGGUCUGUAAUUUUUAUCAUAGGCACACUUCAACUGUGAGAGACGGAAUAUAAAACAAAAAUCCAGAAAAUCACAUUGUAUGAUUUUUAAGUAAUUAAUUUGCAUUUUAUUGCAUGACGUAAGUAUUUGAUACAUCAGAAAAGCAGAACUUAAUAUUUGGUACAGCAAAUUAAUUACUUAAAAAUCAUACAAUGUGAUUUUCUGGAUUUUUUUUUUAGAUUCCGUCUCUCACAGUUGAAGUGUACCUAUGAAAAAAUUACAGACCUCUACAUGCUUUGUAAGUAGGGAAACAUGCAAAAUCGGCAGUGUAUCAAAUACUUGUUCUCCCCACUGUAGCUUCCACAUAGGGGAAAGAAUUUAUCAGUAGCACCUUUAAAGGUCAUGGGUAUGUUAUUGGCAAUAGGUGAAAAGACAAAACACUUUUCAAAGAGGACUGUGGUGGUAAGGAGUCUACUGCUUCAUGGUCAAAGUCCUCUCAGUGGCUGUAAUGAAAUUCAUUUUAGUCUCACCCAUGAUCCCUGUAACUUCCUUCUUACCGGACACAGAGACAUAAAAAUGGUAUCCAAAAUCCCGAAGUAUCCCUUUAAGUGGACACAUUGAAAGGAAAUAUCAAAACCAGCAGACACACGACCCUCCAUGAAUUGAGUGACACCCCUGAUCAAAUUCAACAUUUACUAAUGUAAAGAGAACUGAGAGCAUGUACAAGAAUCCAUACAUUUUUUGUGUGAAAUUGAGUGAAGGUGUCUCUGUUUUCAUCCUUCUCUGUCCCCUGGUGCAGUGGAACAAUUCUUCAGCCUCAGUAGCAUAACUCUGGAUAGCUGGCGUUCUGUAAACAUUGAAAGGACAUUUUCAGACUGGAUCUGACAUUUUAAAAUAUAUUUUGUUAAACUGCAUUUGCACAAUAUAACCCCCCCACAUCUGCCAUGUUCAUAUUCAGCAUAACACUCUGGUUUGGCUCCUAACCCUCACAAACCAGGCUGGAAAGUAGUGUAGCCUCAACCUAGUAAGCACGCACAUUUUCUGAUUUAUGAAAUUGAGUUUUGGAAUAUGUACUGUAGAGAUGGUUUGCACAUUGGCAAGGUGUCACCUAGAUGUAAGAAUAACAUUCUAAUCCCUGGUCGAAGUAUGCCAUUGUAGAACUGUAGAAUCUCACCCUUGUUGACUUUGUAGAACCAUUCAGUUGAGUGCAUUUGUGGCACAACUUGUUUGUGAGUGGGGGCCGGCUGACUUGGGUCUGUCGUCAUCCACAUUACCGUGGAUGUAGAUGAGCUGUCACAGGUGUGUAGUACUACUGAUAUUGAAUACUGCAUUGUUGGAAAAGAGCUUGCAAGAAAGGCAUUUCACUGUACUUGUGCAUGUGACAAUAACUUAUUGAAUGCUGCCUUCGUCUUCUCUGCAUCCUACAGCGGUAGAGAUGGAGAGAGAAAGAGAGGGGAAGAUAUUACAAUUUACAUGCUGUGCUGGGUGCCAUGGCGAUGGGUAGGCUGCCACUAUGGUGAGUGGUCUGUUUUCAUCUUUAUCUGUCCCCUGGUGUAGUGGAACAAUUAUUGUUCAGCCUCAGUAGCAUGAUUCUGGAUAACUGGUGUUCUGUAAACCGUAAAAGGACAUGUAGAUGGGACAGCUUUCAGACUGGAUCUGUCAUUUUGAAUUAAAUAUUUCUGAUUUAAACACCUGCAUUUGCAUAAUAUAAGACCUCCAUCCUCAGACUCGUGUUUUAUAUUAGCGCUGGCUGCCGGCUAAUCAGCCGGUUAGACUUCUAAUCAGCCAGUUACUUUUUCCACUUCAUAUUAACUAGGCUACAGUGCAUUCGGAAAGUAUUCGGACCCCUUGAGUUUUUCCACAUUUUGUUACGUUACAGCCUUAUUCUAAAAUGGAUUAAAAAAAGAAUAAUCUCAUCACUCUACACAAAAUACGCCAUAAUGACAAAGCAAAAACUAAUUUUUUGACAUUUUUGCAAGUGUGUGUAUGUAUAUACAGUGGGGAGAACAAGUAUUUGAUAUACUGCCGAUUUUGCAGGUUUUCCUACUUACAAAGCAUGUAGAGGUCUGUAAUUUUUAUCAUAGGUACACUUCAACUAUGAGAGACGGAAUCUAAAACAAAAAUCCAGAAAAUCACAUUGUAUGAUUUUUACGUAAUUAAUUUGCAUUUUAUUGCAUGACAUAAGUAUUUGAUACAUCAGAAAAGCAGAACUUAAUAUUUGGUACAGAAACCUUUGUUUGCAAUUACAGAGAUCAUACGUUUCCUGUAGGUCUUGACCAGGUUUGCACACACUGCAGCAGGGAUUUUGGCCCACUCCUCCAUACAGACCUUCUCCAGAUCCUUCAGGUUUCGGGGCUGUCGCUGGGCAAUACGGACUUUCAGCUCCCUCCAAAGAUUUUCUAUUGGGUUCAGGUCUGGAGACUGGCUAGGCCACUCCAGGACCUUGAGAUGCUUCUUACGGAGCCACUCCUUAGUUGCCCUGGCUGUGUGUUUUGGGUCGUUGUCAUGCUGGAAGACCCAGCCACGACCCAUCUUCAAUGCUCUUACUGAGGGAAGGAGGUUGUUGGCCAAGAUCUCGCGAUAGAUGGCCCCAUCCAUCCUCCCCUCAAUACGGUGCAUUCGUCCUGUCCCCUUUGCAGAAAAGCAUCCCCAAAGAAUGAUGUUUCCACCUCCAUGCUUCAUGGUUGGGAUGGUGUUCUUGGGGUUGUACUCAUCCUUCUUCUUCCUCCAAACACGGCGAGUGGAGUUUAGACCAAAAAGCUCAAUUUUUGUCUCAUCAGACCACAUGACCUUCUCCCAUUCCUCCUCUGGAUCAUCCAGAUGGUCAUUGGCAAACUUCAGACGGGCCUGGACAUGCGCUGGCUUGAGCAGGGGGACCUUGCGUGCGCUGCAGGAUUUUAAUCAAUGACGGCGUAGUGUGUUACUAAUGGUUUUCUUUGAGACUGUGGUCCCAGCUCUCUUCAGGUCAUUGACCAGGUCCUGCCAUGUAGUUCUGAGAUGAUCCCUCACCUUCCUCAUGAUCAUUGAUGCCCCACGAGGUGAGAUAUUGCAUGGAGCCCCAGACCGAGGGUGAUUGACCGUCAUCUUGAACUUCUUCCAUUUUCUAAUAAUUGCGCCAACAGUUGUUGCCUUCUCACCAAGCUGCUUGCCUAUUGUCCUGUACCCAUCCCAGCCUUGUGCAGGUCUACAAUUUUAUCCCUGAUGUCCUUACACAGCUCUCUGGUCUUGGCCAUUGUGGAGAGGUUGGAGUCUGUUUGAUUGAGUGUGUGGACAGGUGUCUUUUAUACAGGUAACGAGUUCAAACAGGUGCAGUUAAUACAGGUAAUGAGUGGAGAACAGGAGGGCUUCUUAAAGAAAAACUAACAGGUCUGUGAGAGCCGGAAUUCUUACUGGUUGGUAGGUGAUCAAAUACUUAUGUCAUGCAAUAAAAUGCAAAUGAAUUACUUAAAAAUCAUACAAUGUGAUUUUCUGGAUUUUUGUUUUAGAUUCCGUCUCUCACAGUUGAAGUGUACCUAUGAUAAAAAUUACAGACCUCUACAUGCUUUGUAAAUAGGAAAACCUACCAAAUCGGCAUUGUAUCAAAUACUUGUUCUCCCCACUGUAUAUAUAUCACACACACAGUACCAAUCAAAAGUUUGGACACACCUACUUAUUCCAGUUUUAUUUUUUGUGUGACUAUUUUCUACAUUGUAGAAUAAUAGUGAAGACAUCAAAACUAUGAAAUAACACAUGGAAUCAUGUAGUAACCAAAAAAGUGUUAUUUUUGAGAUUCUUCAAAUAGCCACCCUUUGCCUUGAUGACAGCUUUGCACACUCUUGGCAUUCUCUCAACCAGGUUCAUGAGGUAGUCACCUGGAAUGCAUUUCAACUAACAGGUGUGCCUUGUUAAAAGUUAAUUUUUGGAAUGUCUUUUGUUAAUGCGUUUGAGCCAAUCAGUUGUGUUGUGACAAGGUAGGGUGGAGUUAUACUUUUUCCCCCCCACUGUAUGUAACUCUGUGUUGUUUUUAUCGCACUGCUUUGCUUUAUCUUGGCCAGGUCGCAGUUGUAAAUGAGAACUUGUUCUCAACUGGCUUACCUGGUUAAAUAAAGGUGAAAUAAAAUAAUAAAAAUACAUAUACAUACAUAUCCUUUAAAAAUAUAUAUAUUUCCCCUUAUUAAUUUCCAACCCCACCAUCCCCUCCCUAAUUGGAGUAAACUAGUGAACAACAAUGCUUAGGCAUCUGCUUGAUGCUUAUACAUACUAUAUACAUUUUAUGGACACAGUCACUAAUUAUAUUUUGUUUGUUUUUACUCCUGAACUUCCUCCGAUCAUUUUCAUGAUGUCCAUCUGGUAUGCUUCUAUAUGCCAUAUCUUUCACAAAAGCUCACAAUAUAUAACCUAUAUACUUAUUAUGGACACAGCAUUUCUUACACUAGUUAUCUUGUUGUUAUUAGUUGUUGUUAUUAGUCCCAUACUUCAGUUCCAUUCAACACCUCCCAUCUAUCUCUUAACACCAUCCAUAUUGGAUUUUUCAACUGUACUGUGAUGUUUUACAAAAGUUCUGAACCUUUCUAUUAAGGCUGAACGAUUUUGGAAAAUAAUCUAAUUGCGAUUUUUUGCCCCCAAUAUUGCGAUUGCGAUUUAAUAUGCGAUUUAAUUUAUUUAUCCUUUUUCCCCUACAAAACAUAAUGAAUGAUUUAAAUAUGACCAACACAAUAGUAUAUACAUUUAGUGUGAAAUGUUCUUUCCCAUAGGCUGGGUCUAUUUGUUAGAAUUAAAUUCAAACAUGUAUGACUUGAAAUAAAUGACAUUUUUAUUGAACUGCUCAUUACAGAAACAUCUGUGGCUUUGCCACUGUGCAUUUAAAUAAUUUAAACAAAGGCAUGAACUUUGUAAACACUGUGUGCAAAAGGUACAGUCUUAAGAAAAAAAUAAUUUUAAAUUGUAUGUAUCUUACUGCUCCCAAGUCAGUAACAUUUCACACAACUGAAACAAGGAAUUUGCUUUGAAAAUAUUUUGUAAAAUCAAAGUAAAUAAAGUUAUAAAUAAAAAAUGAGAAAUGCACUUUUAAUUUAGACAAACUAUUUUUUAUAAACGAUUUGAAUAUUAUAAUAUAAAAUAGAUGAGCCUCACUUAUCUCAAGUACACAACAAUAACACACCACACAGACUAAAGUUCACUACGAGUAUGGCACUGCCAGCCAUACUUAUCCAACAGUUCUGUUCUCAGUGGCUCACAGGUUUUUUGCUAAGAAAACCAGAAUAUUGACUUUUUCUGGCUUCAAGGCUGAGCGAGUGCAAGUCACAAUAUUCCCUCCUGUGCUAAAAAGACGCUCUGAGGGAGCGCUUGUAGCAGGUACACAAAGAUACUUGCGUGCCAUGGUGCACAACUGUGGGUAGCUGAUCUUGUGCACCCUCCACCAAGCCAAUGGAUCAUCUUCUCCAUCAAUGGUAGGAGUCAUCAGGUAAUUGUUUAUCUCUGCCUCUGCGACAUCUUCAAGAUUUACAGGCAAAGAAGGAGAGGCUGAACUGGUCUUGAAAAAACUGCCAAGAGACCUCUUCGUCUUUUCCCCCAAGGACUGUGCACUUUGAGGCAUCUGAACAGUUUCAGUACGAGACCUCUUCUCCUAUUAGAUGAAAACAACAGCCAUUAGUUUUCCAGUUAGAUUUUACAGAAAAUUUUUGUUUUUGUGAAAUACAUAAUUAUUUACCCAAUGAUAUGUACGUUGUGCCAAGUCUACUAUCUCUGUCUUCAGACGAGUCUUGAUAGCAGGGAUGUUGUCUGUACUGAUGUACUGUAUUUUGAACCUAGGGUCCAGGAAACAGGCAACAUCCAAAAGCUCCUGGAUGUUUGGGUCUCCAUAUUUGUUAUUGAGGUAUGCUAGGACUUUGGUUUUUAUUGAUUUAGUCAGGUCAGUGUCCUCAGCAUCUUCAGCCAGGACUGAUGUGGCAAAAAGGUGGAGAACUGGCUUGAGGUAGGAGAUGCUUACAUACUCCUCUCCAGAAAGAGCAUCAGUAAACUCCAGUAGAGGAUGCAGUGCCUUGUGAAUCGACUCCAACACGUCAAUAUCCUGCCAGGUUGGGAUAAGGGAGCGUGCAUAUCGAUCUCCAGACAAUACCUGAGAAAUGGCUUUGGCCUGUUCAAGCACUCUGGCAAUCAUCAUUUCUUUAGAACCCCAUCUUGUUGGGCACUCCGUUAUGAGGUUGUGCUCAGGGAGUUUGAGCUCUCUCUGUGCCUCCGUCAGGGCUGCUUUCUUCUUCCAACUGUGGGAAAAGUGCCCCACCAGCUUCCUGCACAGUGCUGUUGCCCUUGACACUCUGUCAUCUUUGAGUGCAUUUUCUAAAAGAAAUAAAAAGUAGUGUAUUACACACAAUUUGAGUUUUGAUACAAGGCUCUCACUAUUACACACUCAAAUUAGCUGUAAUUCUGAAAUACACACAUCCACAACACAUCCUCUCUCUCUCUCUCAAUUCAAAGGGUCUUUAUUUGCAUGUCAAUUCUCUCUCUUUCUCUCUCUCUCUCUCUCAUAAACACUAAAAAAACAUGUAAAAAACAAAAACAAGAAAAGAAAAAAAAUGCAGGUGGGCAUUCCACCACAGACAGACAUAUGAUAUAAGCAAGUAAAAUGAAUUUACAUAUUAGAAAAGGAGUGGAAGUAUGAAUUUAUUUAAUCCCAUCCGAUUUAUAUAAUAUCAUUUAUAUAUAUUUGUAUAUUCAGCUUUACUAAUCGACGCAUCUCUCUCUCUCGCACUCGCGCACACACACACACACACACACACACACACACACACACACACACACACACACGAUAACUUACCAAUGGCAAGAUGUAAUCUGUGGCCAAAACAUUGGAGCCUCGUCCAUUCAUUAAGCCGCGCAGCAAGCACCAUAUUCGACGCGUUGUCCGUCGUGAUGCAGACGUGAUUCUCCUCGUGGAGAUCCCAGCUGACAAGCCCUUCUCUCAGGCCGGCUGCAAUAUUUUCCCCUGUGUGAUCGUCUGGGAAGUAGGUAGUUUGUAGGCAGCGAGCUCGGAGGUUGAAAUCUUCAUCAAUAAAAUGGACUGUAAGACUCUGGUACGGCUCAGCUGUGCGGCUUGACCACAUAUCAGUAGUGCUAGCAAAAAACUCCACCGUUUUAAGUUCCGCGGCGACUUUCUCUUUGCACUUUUUGUACAGCUCCGGUAUGGCAGUCUGACUGAAGUAUGUGCGGGAGGGUAUACUGUAACGUUUAUCAAGCGUAUGUAUUAAUGCCAUGAACCCAGGCUUGGUCACCGUGCUGAGAGGCAUCAUAUCUUUGGCUAUGAACUCGGUUAUUGUCCGAGUGAUUUCUCCGUGCCGUUUUGAAUUACGUUCAUACGGAGUGACACUUUCGAACAUUUCUGUCAGUGAUCCCUGUCUUGAGGUAUUUGGCUUGUCUCGCGCACUGAUGCUCGGCAUUUUGGUCAUACAACUGUCAUGCAUUGAUUUGUGGUAUUUUUUUAAGUGCUGAAACAGGUUUGUAGUGUUACCCCGUGAAGUAGCAAUCGGAGCACGGCAUGCUCUGCACAACACCUGACGCUGCUCAGCAUCUUCUUUUUUAAAACCAAAAUAGUUCCACACCACCGACGUGCUGUUCCUCUUCGAUAUUAAAGUAUCAGCUGUGUCAGUUUCUGACUGUUCCGUCGAGCAAGAGGCCAUUGCGCUGGACAGCAUGAAAAGUCGCGUCACGUGACCACCUCAAAUCGCGCACGUUGCGAUUAGAAAAUCGCGUUCAGUCAAAUCGCGAUAUUAUCGCGAAUGCAAUUAAUCGUUCAGCCCUACUUUCUAUUCUCAUUUGUUUCUACAGUUUGUGAAUUGAAAAUAAACAUCUUUGCUAAAAGUAUUAUUAUAUUAUUGAUCGAUUGACUAUGGCUUUUCAGAUCACCCAGUAGUGCUAUCUGCAGGGUCAGCUCCAUGCAAAUAUUGCAAAUUCUUCAGCCAUUCCUGGACCUGUGUCCAGAAACAAGCUACAAAUGGACAGUACCAAAACAAAUGAUCUAAUGAUUCUGUCUCUUCGCAGCAAAAUCUGCAGAGCUGGGAAGAUUGUAUCCCCCAUACAAAUAACAUUCUAUUGGUAGCAAGAAUUUUAUAUAAUAAUUUAAGUUUUGAAUCCGUCGUCGUUUUGCGUAUCAGUUCAUAAACACUAUGCCAUGGAAUCAGUAUGUCAAAAAUCUCUUCCCAACUAUUUUGCAAUCUAUAUGGGACGGCUGUCAAUCUUUUGGUCCUUAAAUGAAACUGGUAAACUUUUUUUUAUUUAUCACAAUUUUCUUUAACCAAUUAUUUUCUUUAAUGCAAGGCCGACAGACAAGUUCCUUACUUUUCUCCUCUUCCAUUUUUGCAGUAAUGCUGCAAUUAUUUGGUUGUAAUUUUGGGUAGAGCAGACAUUUCCAUAUGUUUUUGUUAGCUGCAUGUGCGACAACUCCACCAUUCCUACCGAUAAUAUCAUUUACGAAAAUUAUACAUUUUUUAAACAUUUUCUCAAAAAAUAACGUUUUUUUUUAUCAAUUAGUAUAUUUGAGUUUAACCACAAUAUUUGUUGCAAUAUUUGUUCUGUAAUUUCUGGAGGAUUAAAUUGAAAUUGCAUCCAAACUUUCUAUGGCUUGUUUUAGAAAUAGUGUCUUUGAGACGCAGAGUAGGUGAACGGAUGAUCUCUGCAUGUGUGAUUCCCACUGAAGCAUGGAGGAGGUGGUGUUUGGGUGCUUUGCUGGUGACACUGUCUGAUUUUAUUUAGAAAGCAAGCCACACUUAACCAGCAUGGCUACCAAAGCAUUCUGCAGCGAUACGCCAUUCCAUCUGGUUUGGGCUUAGUGGAACGAUCAAUUGUUUAUCAACAGGACAAUGACCCAACACACCUCCAGGCUGUGUAAGGGCUAUUUUACCAAGAAGGAGAGUGAUGGAGUGCGGCAUCAGAUGACCUGGCCUCCACAAUCACCCGACCUUAACCCAAUUGAGAUGGUUUGGGAUGAGUCGGACGGCAGAGUGAAGGAAAAGCAGCCAACAAGUGCUCAGCAUAUGUGACCCUGCCGAUGGAAAAACAUCCCCACAGCAUGAUGCUGCCACCACCAUGCUUCACUGUGAGGAUGGUGUUCUCAGGGUGAUGAGAGAUGUUGGGUUUGCGCCAGACAUAGCAUUUUCCUCGAUGGCCAAAAAGCUCAAUUUUAGUCUCAUUUGACCAGAGUAUCUUCUUCCAUAUGUUUGGGGAGUCUCCCACAUGCCUUUUGGCGAACACCAAACGUGUUUGCUUAUUUUUUUCUUUAAGCAAUGGCUUUUUUCAGGCCACUCUUCCGUAAAGCCCAGCUCUGAGGAGUGUACGGCUUAAAGUGGUCCUAUGGACAGAUACUCCAAUCUCCGCUGUGGAGCUUUGCAGCUCCUUCAGGGUUAUCUUUGGUCUCUUUGUUGCCUCUCGGAUUAAUGCCCUCCUUGCCUGGUCCAUGAGUUUUGGUGGGCGGCCCUCUCUUGGCAGGUUUGUUGUGGUGCCAUAUUCUUUCCAUUUUUUUAUUAUGGAUUUAAUGGUGCUCCGUGGGAUGUUCAAAGUUUCUGAUAUUUUUUUAUAACCCAUCUUUGUCCCUGACCUGUUUGGAGAGCUCCUUGGUCUUCAUGGUGCUGCUUGCUUGGUGGUGCCCCUUGCUUAUUGGUGUUGCAGAUUCUGGGGCCUUUCAGGACAGGUGUGUGUAUAUAUACUGAGAUCAUGUGACAGAUCAUGUGACACUUAGAUUGCACACAGGUGGACUUUAUUUAACUAAUUAUGUGACUUCUGAAGGUAAUUGGUUGCACCAGAUCGUAUUUAGGGGCUUCAUAGCAAAGGGGGUGAAUACAUAUGCAUGCACCACUUUUGCGUUAUUUAUUUUUUAGAAUUCUUUGAAACAAGUUUUUUUUUUUUUUUUUUCACUUCACCAAAUUUGGACUAUUUUGUGUAUGUCCAUUACAUGAAAUCCUAAUAAAAAUCCAUUUAAAUGACAGGUUGUAAUGCAACAAAAUAGGAAAAACACCAAGGGGGAUAAAUACUUUUGCAAGUCACUGUAUAUGCGUGCCCUGAAUUUUUUAAAAUCUGCCUAAUCAUAUAAUUACAUAUAUAAUCCCUAUUAAUUCAAUAGGAUCUCUGAGGGCCUAGUCGUAAAGAUUUUAUUGUGGCAUAAACACAACCAGUCAUGAUGUUUUCAUCUAAUUUGUCAAACAAUCACUUCAAAGGUCUCCUUUACUAGGCUACCCGUGCACGUUCAUCCACUUGCAGUGCCCAGUGCUUGACUUGGACAGGAGCUCACCUGACCUGAGUACCGACACCUAAAAUGUUUCUAUCACUUGAGCUCUUGUUCCUCUUAUAGAAUAUUAGCUCAAAAGUACCAUCACCUAUUUUAUUUAUUUUUUAUUUUUAGUCAUUUUAGCAGACGCUCUUAUCCAAAGCGACUUACAGUUAGUGAGUGCAUACAUAUUUCAGUCCAAGUCGAGCACGGCACUACCCGUGAACGUGCACUACCCGUGCACAUUCAUCCACUUGCAGUGCCCAGUGCUUGACUUGGACAGGAGCUCACCUGUCCCUUCAACACUCUUUCCAGUGGUGAAUGGAAGAGACAUCUGUUACACCAAAAAGUGUAGACCAGAAUUUAUGCGUCCACUGUUGUCCGCGAGCAUCUCAGUGUCGGCCACUCAUCUCUGCCUUGGCCAAAUUUCAGUGUUUUCAUCUAACUACAUCGCAUUCUGGAGGGUAGGCUAUACCACCAGUUUUCAAGUCCAUUCGCAAAUGUUUCAUGCCUCUGACAUCAAAUCAAAUUUUAUUUUCCACAUGCGCCGAAUACAACAGGUGUAGACGUUAGUGAAAUGCUUACUUACAAGCCCUUAACCAACAAUGCAUAAAAAAAUACAAAAAGUGUUAAAUAUAUAUUUUUUAAAGCAAAUAACUAAAGAGCAGCAGUAAAAUAAAAUAACAGUAGGGAGGCUAUAUACAGGGGCGUACUGAUGCAGAGUCAAUGUGCGGGGGCACCGGCUAGUCGGUAAUUGAGGUAAUAGGUACAUGUGGGUAGAGUUAAAGUGACUAUGCAUAGAUAAUAAACAGAGUAGCAGUAGCGUAAAAGAGGGGAUUGGGGUGCAGGGGCAGUGCAAAUAGUCCAGGGUAGCCAUGAUUAGCUGUUCAGGACUCUUAUGGCUUGGGGGUAGAAGCUGUUUAGAAGCCAUGCGAUAAUGAUAACUGUAGGCUACUACACCAUUUUGUUUUAAUUAUAGUGAUGGGCUCAUGUUUUACUGGUACGGCGUACCACAUUCUUUAUUAUGCUGGGACGCCGUACCGGACCGUACCGCUUUUCUUUAAUCCCUGGAGAGGGGGAUUAGUUUACCUGACUGUGUUGUGAUGCAGCUGGUCCCAGAUGAGAGGCCUGCUUAGUCUUCAGCUCCGCCAGACACAGAGUCAUGGAGCCAGACACAUCCAGCAGUGCCCCAAACACACGCUUGCUACCUGGGGAGAGGGGGAGAGGGGGAGAGGGAAGGGCCAGAGUCUAGGGUUACUUAAACCUUCAAUGGGCAUUCAAAGAAAUUUGGCUAUUUUGGUACCAUAGAAUUAGAUUAAAUAGAACAGACAUUACAUUUCAAAGCCGAUGUCUGGUGAGGGCUCUUGAGGCUCGUAUUUGGUUAGUAUUGCUGAGAGGGAGGGAGGGAGAGCGAGAGAAGCCAUCAGCCAUUGCAGCCUCUGUUUGUGCCACUGCAGGAGUCUCUGAGUCGGGUACUGUUUUAACACAUACUGUACAUAGAACGGAGGGGGGUUCACUUUUUUUUUAUAGGUGUUAAGGGUUGCAUAGGUGUUUUUGCUAAACCACCUCUGCCACUACUUGUUGAACACAGAUUGUUUCUGUAGACAUUCCUUAUCAUUUCACUGUAUUCCCUUCCCUGCUGUUUGUAAACCUAUCUGAGGAUGGCAUGCUGUUGGACAGGACAUGAAGGGGAACUUUGAUGGGCUCCAGACAGUGUCAUCUCCAGCAGCCUCUGGCUUGUCAGGCUGGUGGGCAACAGGGGGCUGGAGCUUAGGCAAGAGAGCAGGGUUAGCCUCAUUUUGCCCACCUACUUUGUGCUGUUUGUAUCUGACAUCACAAAUUGAAAAUGAUAGAAAAUUGUAAAUGAUAGACAACCCUGGCACUGGUUGGUUUCAAAUACUGCUAGUGUUAAAACUACUCUUCACAAAAUAGUCAUUAAAUGCGGUCAUUAAAAACAACCUCAUGUCCAUCUUGCUAGCUACUAGUUCCUCUAUGUUGUUGUUAAGGGGAUGUUUAUGGUAGGGCAAUAAGCAGAAAAAGCUGGAAUUUCAAAGAUUGCGUAAGUAAGUCGUCUGGCUCGAGAGACUUUGCUUCAAUCACAUUAUUGCUGCUUGUGGUCAUAUCUGUUUGCAGCUAUGUAGCUUUCAUAAAGGCUGUGGUAGAAUUACAUGCGCUUUUUAUAAAAGAGCCCUAUUACAUUAAAAAUACCAUUAGGGCUAGUUGUGGUACAGGCUAUAUGGAAGACUUGUAGUAUAUUUAACUAGACAAGCACCACAUUCCCACUUAAAUAUUUGGUAGCACACUUGUAUUCUAUACCAUCUCUAUUGCAGUUAGCACUGUAGUGUGUGAGUGGUAUGUGUGCGUUUUUUUGUUUUAUUGCUUUAAAGCAGGCUGUGAAAAAUACAUGUUUUAGGGGCCAACCUUCUUCAGUGUGAUUAUAUUUUUUGUUUAUCCACCAGAAAAGGGAGACUUCCUGGCUCUAGAUCUGGGUGGGACCAACUUCCGGGUCCUGCUGGUGAAGGUGUCUGACAACGGGAAGCAGAAGGUGGAGAUGGAGAACCAGAUCUAUGCCAUUCCUGAGGAGCUGAUGAGGGGCAGCGGCUCAGAGGUGAGAGGGGGGAGGAUUCAUGUGAGGCCAUUUGGACGUACUGCCAAAUUCUCUAAAACUGUGUUGGAGGCGGGUUAUGGUAGAGAAAAUGAACAUUAAAUUAUCUGGCAACAGCUCUGGUGGACAUUCCUGCAGUCAGCAUGCCAAUUGUGGUUGAUAAGGGCUAUGAAGUAAUAUUUGUAAUAUUUUACCGCAACAUUAUCAUUUAGCUAUUAUACAAAAGAAAUGGGGUUGGAAAAACAACCAAUCAUAUCAAUGAGCUGAAGGGUUUUCUAGCACAUUGACCAGUUUGCUGCUGUAUGUUAACACAGAACACCCCUCUGUUUCUCCCUAAGUUGUUCGACCACAUUGCUGAGUGUCUAGCUAACUUCCUGGAAAAGCUGGGAAUAAAGAAUCAGAAGCUUCCUCUGGGCUUCACCUUCUCCUUCCCCUGCCAGCAGACCAAACUGGAUGAGGUGAGGAAUAAGGAGGGUGACCAUUGAAGACCGCAUUGGAAAGUUAAAGGGAAAGAAAUAACUGAGAUUUCAGAAUGCCCCAGAAGUUUUCAUUGCCUGUUUGUGUGCGUCUUUAUGCAGAGUAUUCUGGUGUCAUGGACCAAGGGCUUCAAGUCACACGGGGUGGAAGGGAGAGACGUGGUCAGCCUUCUGAGGAAAGCCAUCAAAAAGAGAGGGGUGAGUCAAUAGAAAGUUAAUGGGCCAAGGUUAUACACUGAGUAGCCAUUGCAGUGGCAGCACUACCUUGCCACAUCAUGCAGUUUCCCCCAUACAUAUCAUUUAUGGACUCCUAGGAGCUUUCCAGAUAUUGUGUGCUACACAUAUCAUCUGACCCACUAAGGUUAUGCGGAAAGUAUGGCAUGAAGGCUUCAGGCCAGCACUAUCAAGGCUAACUGAAACCCAGUGUUAAUUCAAGUUUAGAAAGAUACCGUCGCACUCAACCCGCUUGGGGGUUUAGAAGUUAUUCAUUGGUGCCUAAAACCGGUCCCAAUAAAAGAUGCGUGCACACAAAUACAUAAUAAAUCCAACAAAUUAUAUAGAUUUUUAUAACACAAUAGGCAGAUACCCCAAGGUUCUUCUGUGUGAUUUAAAAGAUAAAAAUAAUAAAUCCAACAAAUUAUAUUUAUAUUUUAUAACAAUAGGCAGGGGAACCAUAUUACACACGGAAUAAUGCUUGUUAGUAGCUGACAUGUCUGAGUUUGUCUGUUCCCAUGCUUGCUGUUUUCACAAAGAAAAUCCAUAAUGUUUUUACCCAUUAUUGUAUGCGAACAUUAAGUUUAACUCUUCAUAUUGAGCUUUACAGUAGUUUUCCUUCCAUGUCUAAGGGUGUAUUCAAAACACUCGGGUAAGUCGUAGCCCACUUUUUGCUUUAUUGAUGCAAUCUGUUUUACAAUACAAGAGUUACACAACACAUUCCUUUACAAUGUUUUUUAUUUGGAUGUGCAUAUCUUUCCUUUUUUCCUUGUAUACAAAAGUCUGGAUGUUUGACAAAAGCUAUUGGCCAGUCUGCCUAGUGCCUACAUCAAGGGGCCUUAAACGGGCAGGCCUCAAGUAUCCUUGGUCAAUACUGUAAGACAAUUGUGGGAAUUAUGGGAGGAAAGUUAUGGGAAUGUACAUUUACAGAAACAUUUUGGAGAAUAUUAUGGAAAUGUACAUUUAUGUGAAAAUUAUGGGAAUACAGCUGGAGUGUAUAGAGCCUGGUUUGAGGCCCUAGAGAUGCAGAGAAUGCCAUUGUCUGCUAAGCUAUUCAGUAUUCACUAGCCGUUUUGUCUUAUUUUCCUACAUUUCUGUUUAUUUGUUGUUUGUCUGAUGAUGAACUAGUCAGUGGUGAGUCCAGGGGCGAUCGCUCGUUGAAUGCAGGGCAUGCACCGUCCACAUGUCUUGCUAAGUCCACACUACGCUUUCCAAAAGCGUGGCGGGAAAAAUAGGAUGGUAGUCUUUUCUUGUGCUUUGCUCAUGUCCUGACCGCUGCACUGAUCUAUAAUGGAAUUACUAUGUGUUUUCAUCCUUCCAAGAAAAGCACCUAAUUAUAGUUGAAUAGGUCAUCAUUAUAUUGUGAACUGUGUCAUCCACGGAUUUCGAACUAACAUAAGCUGUUGAUUUCUAAAGAGAGAUUUGCUAAAACACAGCUGCUUUCACAGCAUGUAGCAGAAGUACCAGCUCUGCCAGAGACUUCUUGGCUGAACUAGCUAGCUGCUCGCUCUCUCUUAAAUGCAACCCCGAGGUUCACAUUUUGUUGCUUUGACAACAUGUUGUGCCACUGUUUCAUUUAGAUUUCAGUGUCAAUUCAGGGCAGAGGCUUGUUUCCCUUGCUCUGCAAGGGCUAUGGAACGUUAAUGCUGCUUUGUGACGGUGUUGUUGGGAUUAGAGAGUUGCUGGUUCGCGCCCAGUGCUGGACAGGGUCCGGACCUAUUCUGUUGCACUUGUAUCUUUUCUACAUUCAUCUAUUAAGCAGAACUGCUGUGGCUCGUUCCCUGUCUUUUACCACUUGAAAAGUAAUAACCAGUUAGUUUGCUAGCAAAAUAGCAAGCUAGUUUGAGUUUUCCUGUUGAAAAGCAAUAUCCCAAGUAUAAAUACAGUAAAGUACACACACUAAAGGGUACAUAAAAUAAAUAAAAAUAUAUAUCCUUUGUAAUACACUUUUUACACAACUGCAAAGUUCAUUGAGUAGGGCUUUCAAGGAGUUGGUCUGAUGUGAUGUCAUCGGCCUCCCCCUUUUCUUAAGGAACAAUAGAGGAGCAAUAGAGAACAAAAGAGGAAAGGCCCAUCCCCCCGCUUGUGCUAUGUCAUACCUGAACCACCUAUUGAGAUAUGCCUUUUGUUAAGUCAAUCAAGUGUUAAAUGAGGUGAAAAGGAGACUGGAGUAGGCCCCCAAAAAAUAUAAAACAGAUUAAACUGGCUGCUAAUAACAUCGGAGUAGGACUGCUGAUCUAGGAUCAGUUUAAACUUUUAGAUCAUAAUGAAUAAGAUUAUAUGGACAGAAGGGACCUGAUCCUAGAACAGCACUACUACUCUGAGACACUUUCUGAAUACGGGCCCUGAUCACACCCUGCAUCUUGGAGUUGCAUCAUGCGUAAUGAUUUCAGUCACCGCACGCUGGCCAAGUGAGUCACUUGUUAAUUAAAUAGUUAACUAUGACCUGUUUCUAUCUUUCCCCAGGACUUUGACAUUGACAUUGUGGCGGUAAUCAAUGACACUGUGGGCACAAUGAUGACUUGUGGAUAUGACGACCAUCACUGUGAAAUAGGCCUCAUUGUUGGUGAGUCCCUCUCCAUCCUAACAUAUAUGGGGAUUAGUGGGAAUUUCUGUGAUUUGUGUAAUCCAACACAAUGUUCUCGAUCCCAGUAUUUUGAGUGAGGUACUGAGCACUCCAUCAUGAAUGCAAUCCAUACACAAUCAAUAGGACUCACUUGCAAUAUUCUGGCUCCCUACAGUGCAUUCGGGUAAGUAUUCAGACCCAUUGACUUUUCCCACAUUUUAUUACGUUACAGCCUUAUUCUAAAAUGGACUACAUUAAUGUUUUUCCUCAUCAAUCUACAGACAGUACCCAUAAUGUCAAAGCGAUAACAGGUUUAGACAUUUUUGCACAUUUAGAAACAAAACAACAGAAACCUUACUUACAUAAGUAAGUAUUCAACCCUUUGCUAUGAUACUCAAAAUUGAGCUCAGGUGCAACCUGUUUCCAUUGAUCAUCCUUGAGAUGUUUCUACAACUUGGAGUCCACCUGUGGUAAAUUCAAUUGAUUGGACAUGAUUUGGAAAGGCACACACCUGUUUAUAUAAGGUCCCACAGUUGACAGUGCAUGUCAGAGCAAAAACCAAGCCAUGAGGUUGAAGGAAUUGUCCGUAGAGCUCCGAGACAGGAUUGUGUCGAGGCACAGAUCUGGGGAAGAGUACCAAAACAUGUCUCCAGCAUUGAAGGUCCCCAAGAACACAGUGGCCUCCAUCAUUCUUAAAUGGAAGAAGUUUGGAACUACCAAGACUCUUCCUAGAGCUGGCCGCUUGGCCAAACUGAGCAAUCGGGGGAGAAGGGCCUUUGUUAUUAUAGGUGUGCUAAGCUUGUAGCGUCAUACCCAAGAAGGCUCGAGGAUGUAAUCGCUGCCAAAGGUGCUUCAACAAAGUACUGAGUACUUCAAUAUUGUGAUAUUUCAGAUUUUUAUUUUGCUGCUAAAAUUUCUAAAAACCUGUUGUUGCUUUGUCAUUAUGGGGUAUUGUGUGUGUGUAUAUUGAUGAGGGGGAAAACAACUAUUUAAUCCAUUUUAGAAAAAUCUGUAGUGUAACAAAAUGUGGAAAAAGUCAAGGGGUCUGAAUACUUUCCGAAUGCACUGUAUGUUCUCAACAUAGAAUUACAUAUAGAACACUGAAUUAUUAUAGGAUCUCUUGGUGGUCACUUUCAAUGUUUUGAUGUUUCUAAAAACUGAUGUGCUGAGAGGCCUUCAUUGUGUGAAUACAGUCCAUACAUGCACUCUCCCCCAUAUGUAUUUGGACAGUGAAGCAUUUUUUGGGGGGGGCUCUGUACUGCACAAUUUUGCAUUUGAGAUCAAAUGUUUCAUAUGAGGCGACAGUACAAAAUAUCACCUUUUAUUUAAGGGUAUUUUCAUACAUAUGUUUUACUGUUUAGAAAUGAAAGUCCUCUGUAGCUCAGUUAGUAGCGCAUGACUCUUGCAACGCCAGGAUAGUGGGUUUGAUUCCUGGGACCACCCAUACGUAAAACAUUUAUGCGUUUAUGACUGUAAGUCGCUUUGGAUAAAAGCGUCUGCUAAAUGGCAAUUUUUAUUAUUAUUAUUAUUAUUAUUAUUAUUAUUAUAUUUAAUCGCCCCCAUGUGAAGUCAUAAGUAUUUGGACAAAUUCACUUAUAUGGUAAUUAAUGCACGAAAUGACUACAUAAAGUUUGUGACUCAACAAACUCGUUGGAUGCAUUUGCAGUUUGUUUUGGUUAUGUUUUACCCAAUAGUAACUGAAUGGCGACUGGAGUAAUUGUCAACAACGUUGACAUCAGCAAACCGUUCGCCCACCACAUACACGUGGUCUGCGGUUGUGAGGCCGGUUGUACGUACUGCGAAAUUCUCUAAAACAACGUUGGAGGUGGCUUAUGGUAGAGAAAUGAACAUUAAAUUCUCUGGCAACAGCUCUGGUGGACAUUCCUGCCUUUUAUUGUCCCCAGAACCAGUGUAAUGAUCAUGCUUCUUGAUAUGCCACACCUGUCAGGUGGAUGGAUUAUCUUGGCAAAGGAUAAAUUCUCACUAACAGGGAUGUAAACAAAUAUGUCCACAGAAUUUGAGAGAAAUAAGGUUUCUGGGAUCUUUUAUUUCAGCUCAUGAAACAUGGGACCAACACUUAACAUGUUGUGUUUAUAUUUCUGUUCAGUGUAUAUGUAUGAAAAUACCCUCACAUAAAAGCUGACAUUCUCUACUGUCGCCUCAUAUGAAACAAAAUGUGCUUCACUGUCCAAAUACAUGUGGAGGGGAGUAUAAUCAGUAUGUAAAUAAUGCAACUACUCUGGGUUUAUUGUGACAUGUUCAAUCGUGCUUUGGUGUUGUGGUAAGAAAGGCUUAGCAUUGAAACCUCUGUACAAAUCUAAACCUUGAAAUUAGAUUUUGAAGCGUGAUUGUUGAUGAUUCAAUGUCCACAUAUGCUCUUUAGAGAUUCAUUUUCUUUGUCAUCAGAUUAGUCAUGCAUGCUAAAUAUACAAAUGAUUGAAUUUAAAACACCCCGUUAAAAAAAAAAACAGAUUAAAUAAAUAAACAGCCAGCAUCUAUUGUUCAACAAAAUAAACACUCUUUUGCUGAUCAUUGGAAAAAAGUAGCUGGCACAUAGUAAAGCAGGGAUACUCGGUUGUAUCCAAGCCUGGAGGGUGGGACAGAGUACUGCUGGUUUCCAGAUUUGAGAGUAUCCCUGUAUGGAGCUGAGCUCAAGACCAAACUACUGUAGGGCUCACCUGGGCUUGGAAAGAGGAAUCUAAAAUGGCUCAGGACAAGAAGAGAUGGAGGGGGGGGGGGGGGACCUUUUGGAGGCCUUAUGUGCCUGUUGCCAACAGUAUGACCAUGUUUGUCUAUCGCUGCCCCCCAGGUACCGGCACUAACGCCUGCUACAUGGAGGAGAUGCGUCACCUAGAGCUGGUGGAGGGGGACGAGGGGAGGAUGUGUGUCAACAUGGAGUGGGGGGCGUUCGGGGACGACGGCGCUCUGGAUGACCUCCGUACAGACUUCGACCGGGAGAUCGACGCCGGCUCCCUCAACCCCGGCAAACAGCUGUGAGUGACAGGCAGACACAUGGCCCGCCCUCUACUUCUACUAUACCGUCUAUUACACUAGUCAUCUCUGUCUGUUGCCCAAUGCCACCUGGAAAAGAUAUCAACCUCCAGCUGCCUUGUAGAUCCGGCUUGAUGUUGAAACUGUCAUUUUCAGCUUGUUAACUCUUUAGACCCCAAUAGAAUUCAAGAAUGCUGCUGUAGAUUACUGAGAAUUUUUACAAUAAAGCUAAUUUUAUCACAUUUCAAACCGACAUAGCUCAAAAACAAAGAAUAAAUGACAAUUACAAGUUAACUCUGUUUUAAAGAGCACAAACUCUUUAAUAUGAUACCACAUUCAUUUCAAUAGGAAUAACACUAAUUUCAUCUCCCAUUGUGUACAGACACACUCACUAUAAAAAGAACUAACACUCAAAACAACAAAGAACUCUAAGAGUAUUUAAAUUGUAGUAAAUUUGACCAAAUUACUCUAAAAAUGUACAAACUAUAAUAUGUUAUACUUUGAAAUAUUAUUUACAUAUACAUCGUCAAAAAUGUAUCAAAAAGUUGACCAGAGGACACUAUUCAGAAAUUAUUUCGAAACCCACACAAAGUAAGCUAUUGGAUUGGCAAAGAUUCUUACUUCUGUUACAAUAUAAAAAUGCAAACAACUAUUCAGAGACAAUUUCAAAAUGUUAGAUAACCUCUCCCAAUACAAUUUAGUAGAGGCCAGGCCUGACACAACUUGUAGAAAUAGUACUUUGAUGACAAUUUAGUGAAUUAAACAAGUAUUAGCUCGAGAGAGAUUCAGAAACACAACAACUGUUCAGAUACUAUUUUAAAACAUACACAAUUUACCUAUAAGAUUUGUAGUAGAAAUGAAUGUCACACUCACUCACACAAGUGUUUUGUGUUUAGCCUACACCAAACAUUUCAUGGAAGUUGUUGAAGCAUGGCCCCAUUCUACAAAGUGGCACAAAAUGUAAAAAAUAAUACUGACAACAAUUCAGUAAAUGCAACAAGUGUUAGAUAGAGGCCGAUAAAGAGAGAAGAUUAAAAAAACACUAAGUUUUAGGCUAGCUUCAGAAUUUUUUGCCGAGAUUAGUAGGACAAAUUCAUAUUUUAUACUGUCACCUUAGUGUUUGCUUUUAGCCUACAACAUGUCAUGGAACUUCUGGAAGCACGGCCCCAUCCUGCAAAGUGGCACAAAACAUAGAGCACCCAAAGGAGGUUUCUACACAUCUCCCACUCUUUGCCCUGCGUCCACUCUGGAUGCACACCAAACGCCCUCUCUUGCGCCCUUCAAACUGCACCAGGGAGUGGCCUGCUUUCAAAUUAUGUAUUACAACUCGGUCCACUCCCCUUGGUGCCACACUCUUGGCUCCCCGCCACUGUAUCCAUCACAAAGCGCAUGCACAGUUUGCAUUUUGAAUGCCUUCAGGGACACGCACCUUUUUUGCAAUUUUGAGCAUCCCUCAAAACACAUACUGCCACCAUUUCCUGCCGGUCCAUCAAAUAUUCUAGUAGCUCCUGAGCUGGUUGAGAUGGUCAACCCUGCCCAUUUUCUUGUUGUAAUCCAGGACCAGCUCUGGAACAGAUAGGAGUUCGUUCUGCCUGUAUUUUGAUACUGGUUUUAGGGUGUCAUUCCCUGAGCUGUUAGAACAUAGAAAGUACACCUCCUCUCUCCCUCCAUUCCCCUCUCCCUCCUCUUCAUCCUCCCUCCAAUAAUCUCCAACUCCUCAUCCCUGCCUUCUGGUGCUGAGCCCUGACUCUCCCAAUCACUUCCCUCGCUCUUGUCACGGACCUAGAGUAACAGAGGGGAGGGGGGGGGAGCAGCAACAACAAAUAGGAUACUAUUGUGGUCAGGAACCACUCUCUGUCCCUCUCUCCCUUCCUCUCUUUUUUUCCCUCAACUAUACACAUACUCUCUUCCUAAUAAUCACCUCUUAGGGGUUUCCAUAAUAUCUUGUGUGGUAGAGUUACACGCCUCCCAUUCCACUCACUCACAGUAAAAAGUAUCAUCAUGAUGUUAUACAGCACUUUCAGUCAAUCAAUCAAAAUUAUUUAAUGAAGCCCUUAGUGUCCAGAUUGUUUCUCAGUUCAUGGUGUACAUAUACAGUGGUGUGAAAAAGUGUUUGACCCCUUCCUGAUUUGUUAUUUGUUUGCACGUUUGUCACACUUAAAUGUUUCAGAUCAUCAAACAAAUGUAAAUAUUAGUCAAAGAUAACAAGUAAACACAAAAUGCAGUUUUGAAAUGAAGGUUGUUAUUAUUAAGGGAAAACAAAAUCCAAACCUACAUGGCCCUGUGUGAAAAAGUGUUUGCCCCCCCCCGUUAUAACACAACUAAACUGUGGUUUAUCAUACCUGAGUUCAAUUCCUCUAGCCACACCCAGGCCUGAUUACUGCCACACCUGUUCUCAAUCAAGGAAUCACUUAAAUAGGACCUGCCUGACAAAGUGAAGUAGACCAAAAGAUCCUCAAAAGACAUCAUGCCGAGAUCCAAAGAAAUUCAGGAACAAAUGAGAAAGAAAGUAAUUGAGAUCCAUCAGUCUGAAAAAGGUUAUAAAGCCAUUUCUAAAGCUUUGGGACUCCAGCGAACCACAGUGAGGGCCAUUAUCCACAAAUGGCGAAAACAUGGAACAGUGGUGAACCUUCCCAGGAGUGGCCGGCCGACCAAAAUUACCCCAAGAGCGCAGCGACGACUCACCCAAGAGGUCACAAAAGACCCAACAACAACAUACAAAGAGCUGCAGGCCUCACUUGCCUCAGUUAAGGUCAGUGUUCAUGACUCCACCAUAAAAGAGACUGGGCAAAAAUGGCCUGCAUGGCAGAGUUCCAAGACGAAAACCACUAAUGAGCAAAAAUAACAUUAAGGCUAGUCUCAUUUUUGCCAGAAAACAUCUUGAUGAUCCCCAAGACCUUUGGGAAAAUACUCUGUGGACUGACGAGACAAAAGUUGGAACUUUUUGGAAGGUGUGUGUCCCAUUUACAUCUGGCGUUAAAGUUACACCGCAUUUCAGAAAAAGAACGUCAUACCAACAGUAAAAUAUGUUGGUGGUAGUGUAAUGGUCUGGGCCUGUUUUGCUGCUUCAGGACCUGGAAGGCUUGCUGUGAUAAAUGGAACCAUGAAUUCUGCUGUCUACCAAAAAAUCCUGAAGGAGAAUGUCCGGCCAUCUGUUCGUGACCUCAAGCUGAAGCGAACUUGGGUUCUGCAGCAGGACAAUGAUCCAAAACACACCAGCAAGUCCACCUCCUGAAUGGCUGAAGAAAAACAAAAUGAAGACUUUGGAGUGGCCUAGUCAAAGUCCUGACCUGAAUCCUAUUGAGAUGCUGUGGCAUGACUUUAAAAAGGCAGUUGGUGCUCUCAAACCCUCCAAUGUGGCUGAAUUACAACGAUGAGUGGGCCAAAAUUCCUCCACAGCGCUGUAAAAGACUCAUUGCAAGUUAUCGCAAACGCUUUAUUGCAGUUGUUGCUGCUAAGGGUGGCCCAACCAGUUAUUAGGCUGUAUGGGGCAAUCACUUUUUCACACCGGGCCAUGUGGGUUUGGAUUUUGUUUUCCCUUAAUAAGAACAACCUUCAUUUCAAAACUGCAUUUUGUGUUUAUUUGUUAUCUUUGACUAAUAUUUACAUUUGUUUGAUCUGAAACAUUUUAAAUGUGACAAACAUGCAAACAAAUAAGAAAUCAGGAAGGGGGCAAACACUUUUUCACACCACUGUAUAUGUCAGACUGAUGGAUAAUCAGACAGGAUAGAGCACACAAAAAGACGUUCAUGGAUGACCAGCAGGGUUAGCUGAUUAGUUAUGAAGCUGGGACAGUUUCCAAAUUAAUAGCAUCGGUAGAAACAGGACAAAACAAGCAACUUGUUAGCUGGCUAUGCAAACAAAUAUCACUGCAACUCAAUAUCAUAUGAGCUCCACUGUGCGGGCUUCUACCAUAACACGACAGCUAAGAUGUCAAAUUUGAGGAAAACAAUGCAUAUCUGUACCUAGCAAACAUGACAAACCAUAACCUAAGCCCAACAGAUAAACACAACAUUUCCCUGAUCUCCAUUUCGGCAGCUAGUUAACUGAUUGUCUGCAUGGCUAGCUAGUGAAAGUGACAGCUGAGGUUGACACGCUGCGAGCGCAGGCCAAAUUUACCACCAAACAUAUUUUCUGGCCAGACCAGCUAGCUAGCAAGCUAUAGCAAGCAGCUUGGGCUGUUUCCAUAUGAAUUACAUCGGUAGAAUCAAUACUAAACAACCAACUAGUUAGCUGACUAUAUACAGCUAAACACCAACUAUUUCCAUGAGACAGAGAGCAAUCAUUGGAGCUCCACCACUGAUGUGCUCGCCUGUACCAACCAAGUAUGACAGGAUUUGUGUGUGUGUGUAGGUUUGAGAAGAUGAUCAGUGGGAUGUACAUGGGGGAGCUGGUGCGUCUCAUCCUGGUGAAGAUGGCCAAGGAGGACCUGGUGUUCAAGGGUCACACCACUCCAGACCUCCUCACCACCGGACACUUCCAGACCAGCUUCGUCUCCGCCAUCGAAAACGACAAGUCAGUAGUAUGAGUGUGUGUACAAUAUAUGUGUGAGACUGUGGGCCUAUUUAAUCAAAGUAUAAAAUAAUAGAUGACAUGGAACUUUCUUUGACUCUGUCUUGUGUCUUGAUAUAACUUGGUUGAUAAUAAUGAAUAUGAUGAUGCUGCUGAUGAUAAUAAUGAAUAUGAUGCUGCUGCUGAUGAUGAUGCUGCUGAUGAUAAUGAUGAUGCUGCUGAUGAUAAUGAAUAUGAUGCUGCUGCUGAUGAUAAUUCAUAUGAUGAUGAUGCUGCUGAUGAUAAUGAAUAUGAUGAUGCUGCUGAUGAUGAUAAUGAAUAUGAUGCUGCUGAUGAUGAUGAUGAGCAAGUACCAAACCUAAUGUUAUACUUUUUAAGCUGGUAUGUAACUGAGGUGGUGGUUUCUUUCUGACAGAGACCAGGAGGGUCUGGUGAGUGCAGAGAAGGUGCUGAGGGGGCUGGGCCUGGACCCAUCUGGGGAGGACUGCGUGGCCACUCAGAGGGUGUGUCAGGUGGUGUCGAUGCGGGCCGCCCACCUGUGUGCUGCCACGCUAGUCUCUGUGUUGAGACAGAUCAGAGACAACAAGGCUGCAGAGAGGCUGAGGACAACCAUAGGAGUGGACGGCUCUGUCUACAAGAACCACCCACAGUGAGUGGAGCAGUCUUCGUGGACAAGUGUGUGUCGCGUGUGUUUUAGCCCAAGUGUGUGUGAGCUUUGAGAUGUUCCCGCCAAUUCAGAAUAGAACAGAUGAAGUGUUGCACUUGACAUGGCACUUAACAUAUUUUACUAGACACUCAGGUAAUCUACAUCUUCUCUGUGACACACCACUCCGGGUUACUACUCACUGAAGUAUAGAAGAAGUGCUCUUACUUCAAUGGCAUUAAAAUGAACUAAACUAGAGUGCACAGUGUAAUUACAGUGGAACUGACCCUCGGAUCUCAAGUGGCAGUCAAGAAUUUGGUUGGUUUUUCAGUUCACCCUGUUCUUCUACAGAUGUUGGACUUUAAUUUGAUCACCCUGUUGUUCCAGGAAAUUCCCUGCUGCAAACGUUUAGUGUAUUAGUUUAAAAGGCUUUGUAAUUUCCACUUAACUUGAUUUCCCCUAACAAAAAAUGUAUCCAUCCCUACAAAAAUGUCCAUUAAUUAUAAUCCACACACUAAUUCAGAUUUCCUGUUGCUGCAGGGUUAUUUUCCUGCUGUGAGAAACUGGUCAAAUUAAGAUCCUACACCUUUAUGUAAAAUAAGACCUUCAAAUCAAGUGCUACCAUUUCCCUCCUCUCCUCUCUCCCUUGUGGACACACUGUAGAUCUCAAGCAGAGCAAGGCUCAAAUACACUACUACUCCAGUCCUUUCAUCACAUCGAAAAUGAAAUGCAAUUGCAAAACAUUUCAUUCAAAUGUAUUCAGACUCAAUUUGACACUCAAUCUACAACUCCCUGAGUUUCACACCAGAGCCAUGACUCACUGUGAAGUAUAGGAAUUUUCCUAGAAUAAACUAUACUGUCGUAUCCUCACAUGGUCUCUCCUAUCAUUGCUAUGCGGAUGACACUCAACUACUUUUCUCCUUCCCCCUUUCUGACACCCAGGGAGCGACACGCAUCUCUGCGUGCCUGGCAAAUAUCUCAAAUUGGAUGUCGGCCCACCACCUCAAGCUCAACCUCAAUAAGAUGGAACUGCUCUUCCUCCCGGGGAAGGCCUGCCCGCUCAAAUACCUCUCCAUCACGGUUGACAACUCCACAGUGUCGCCCUCCCAGAGUGCAAAAAACCUUGGCGUGACCCUGGACAACACCCUGUCGUUCUCUGUAAACAUCAAAGCAGUGACCCGCUCCUGCAGGUUCAGGCUCUACAACAUCUGUAGAGUACGACCCUACCUCACACAGGAAGCGGCGCAGGUCCUAAUCCAGGCACUUCUCUCCCGUCUGGACUACUGCAACUCACUGCUGGCUGGGCUCCUACCCCUACAGGAGGGUAGCUCCCGCUCAGCCCAGUCCAAGCUCUUCUCUGUCCUGGCAACCCGAUGGUGGAACUAGCUUCCCCCUGAAGCUAGGACAGCAGAGUCCCUGCCCAUUUUCCAAAAUCAUCUGAAACCCUACCUCUUCAAACAGUAUUUUAAAUAAUCCUCCUCCUCACCUCCGUUAGUGAGCAUUUCUCCUUUGCCAAGAUAAUCCAGGUGUGGCAUAUCAAGAAGCUGAUUAAACAGCAUGAUCAUUACACAGAUGCACCUUGUGCUGGGGACAAUAAAAGGCCACUCUAAAAUGUGCAGUUUUGUCACACAACACAGUGUCACAGAUGUCUCAUGUUUUGAGGGAGUGUGCAAUUGGCAUGCUAACAGCAGGAAUGUCCACCAGAGCUGUUGCCAGAGAAUUGAAUGUUCAUUUCUCUACGUCGUUUUAUAAAAAUGUGGCACUGUCCAACCGGCCUCACAAUCGCGUAUGGCGUCAUGUGGGCGAGCGGUUUGCUGAUGUCAACGUUGUGAACAGAGUACCCCAUGGUGGGGUUAUGGUAUGUGCAGGCAUAAACUACAGAUAAUUAACACAAUUGCCUUUUUAUCAAUGGCAAUUUGAAUGCACAAAAAUACUGUGACAAGAUCCUGAGGCCUAUUGUGAGGCCCUUUUUUUUUAAAGGUAUCUGUGACCAACAGCUGCAUAUCUGUGAGGGGAAUUACAAUGGAAAUGACCCUUAAACCUCAAGUGCCAGUUAGUGACAGGACCAAGUAAUGAAUGGUUUAUACAUGCAUGUAUUCACUAAUAAGAAACAUGAAUAAAUUAUAUUUAAUUUACGAACAGUUUACUGAUAGCUAAUAAAACUUUUAAUAACAUUUGUAUAUGCUUAAAGUAAAGUUGUGCCUCUCUUCGCCCAGGUUUGCGCGGCGGCUCCACAAGAUGGUGCGGCGGCUGGUGCCAGACUGCGACGUACGUUUCCUGCGCUCAGAGGACGGCAGCGGGAAGGGCGCGGCCAUGGUGACGGCGGUGGCGUACCGGCUGGCUACCCAGCAUGCCGAGCGGCAGCGUAUACUGGACACCCUGCGUCUGAGCCGGGAGCAGCUGCUGGAGGUGAAGUGCAGGAUGGGAGAGGAGAUUAACAGAGGCCUGGCCAAGGAGAGUCAUGACCAGGCCACCGUCAAGAUGCUGCCCACCUACGUCCGCUCCACCCCCGACGGCACAGGUAAGGUCAGGAGAGGAGGGGGAGAGAAGAGGAAGGGGUGGUAUCUGCGGGAGAAUCUCAAUUGCAUUUCCUUGUGUCCUCUCGCCUCCUCAAAAACCAUUGGAUUAGAAGGUUGGAGGGGAGGGAGAUGGGAGGAGUAUGUGUGUCUGGGAGGAGAUAGAGCCAUAAAAUGUUAAUUGAAGGGUACCCACCAUGGGCCUUGAUAAUCCUUGAAAGUUUUAGGAUUUUAGAAAGGCCUUGAUUGAACAUCCUGGAAAAUAGACAGAUGUCCUUGGCAGAACUAUAGCAGGAGACUGAGGAGUAGGAAGCCUUAAGCUGUUACAUGUAGUUAAGAAUUUACCAAAUCAAUACACCAAUUCUACAGUCCAGCUGUACCUAGGAUUUGUAUGUGUGGGUGGUCAGCCAGCAAUCAGAGGGUUACCGGUUGGAAAUUCAGGGCUGACAAAAAGUCUGCCAGGAUGUGAACACCUACUGCCGUUGUGUCCUUAAACAAGGCACAUAAUCCCCAAACUAUAAGUAUAAUAUUAAAACAUGUAGGAGUGUUAUCGUGCUUGCUUAGCUACUCUCCUCAUUGUCUGACUCAUUGAACUUAUCAGAGCAUGGUGACUUCUUGGCCCUGGACCUGGGUGGGACCAACUUCCGAGUUCUGCUGGUGCGCGUGCGGGGAGGGAAGAGACGCAGCGUGGAGAUGCACAACAAGAUCUACGCCAUCCCCCAGGAGGCUAUGCAGGGCACUGGAGAGGAGGUAAACCGUAAAUGUCCGUCUCGAUGGACAAUAAAGUUGUGUUAUAGGUAGAGCACACAGUCCCACUGCAUUGGUCAUUUGACAACUCUCUGUCUGUCUGUUCUCUGUCAGCUGUUUGACCACAUAGUGCACUGCAUCGCUGACUUCCUGGAGUACAUGGGUAUGAAAGGAGCUUCCUUGCCCCUCGGCUUCACCUUCUCCUUCCCCUGCCAUCAGAACAAACUGGACCAGGUAACAAAGCAAACACGCACACACAAAACUCAAUGCAUUUACAUAGUUUUUGUAUGGAUUGAACCAGUGCUGAACCUCUCAGACAAAACGUUGAAAACACUUGAACAGUCAACGUGCUCUGUCUGCACCUGUUCAUUGAAAGGGCAAAGCUAGGAAGGACAAGUGUUGACAGGAGUGGGCGAAGUGCAUCACAUGGUCUAUUCACACAUUCUAUAGGCGCCUGUAGCCUGCGAUCCUGACAUAGCAUAGACUAACCAACACUCUGCUCAGGACCAGGUAAAGAUGCCCAUCCCCCGCCCUCCUAAUGUGAUGUCCAUUCCUCCUCCUCAGGGUAUCCUGAUAAAGUGGACCAAGGGUUUCAAAGCUACCGGCUGCGAGGGAGAGGAUGUUGUGUGUCUACUGAAGGAUGCUAUCCACCGCAGAGAGGUUAGAGGUCACACCCACCCACUGGGCUUAGUCACAAUCCGACACUGCCCAGAAUCAAAACGCUGUUACAUAUUACAGUACCUGUAGGAUGUCAAAUCCUUUAAAAAUUGGAUAUGAUACCAUGAAAGUACACCAACCGUAACCUUUUUGGAAUUUCAUAUUAAAGUAUACCAAUCUCAAAUCUGAAAUCCUUUGGUUAUGAAAAGGGUUCCAUGUUAGUGAUCCGUAAGUCCUUGUGUUGAUGUUUUUGUAGGAGUUUGACCUGGACGUGGUUGCCGUGGUGAAUGACACGGUGGGCACCAUGAUGACCUGUGGCUACAAAGACCCACUGUGUGAGGUGGGCCUCAUCGUAGGUGAGUCUCCGAUAGCCUACUGUAUGUGCCUUCUGGACCACAAGCACAGGCUGUAAGAAAUCAACAACUGCCUUCCUUUUAUUUAAGUGAGUGUCUGUCGCUCUCUCUUUCACACACAUACACACACUCACUCACACAUUUCCCGUCACUCCAGGUACUGGCACCAAUGCCUGCUACAUGGAGGAAAUGCAGAAUGUGGAGCUGGUGGAGGGGGACGAGGGGAGGAUGUGUGUUAACAUGGAGUGGGGGGCCUUUGGGGACCACGGGGAGCUGGACGACUUCAGCACAGACUUCGACAGAGCCGUGGACGACUGCUCCACCAACCCUGGCAAACAGAGGUAGGCUAUUACUGUUUGUUUACAAUUGGAAAGAAAGAAAGAAAGAAAGAAAGAAAGAAAGAAAGAAAGAAAGAAAGAAAGAAAGAAAGAAAGACUUUAGGUGGGGUGCUGAUUUAAAUUAAAUCUCUCCUUCCUGUGGUCUAUUGGACUGUUUGUUAAAGUUGAUGUAUGUAUCUUUGGAGACUGGGAUUAGGGUUGCAAAGGGAGGGUAUAUUAAUGGAAACUUUCUAAUUGUACCAGUAUACCAGUAUGUAAUCUAUCACAGGACAUCUAGUGGCCCGUUAGUGUACUUCAGAUUAUCACAGGUGUCUAAUUAUCUCUGGCCCUCUGUGUGGCCUUAUCACAUGUAAAAUCUAUUAAAUAAGAUGAUUUUAAAACAAAAAAUAGAAUGACAAAGCUGUAAAAUAUUAUUCUAAAUAUAAACCAUCAAUUUAGUGAAUUCCAUUGGUGUUUAAUAUGAGGGUUUUAGCAUGAAAUAUCCUUUAUUUACACACUUUUUAAAUGUAUUUUACUAUGUCAAUGUAUUUGUUAAUGUUUUGGAGUUAAACUGGUGGCAGUUGUGAAACUAGUAAAUAGUUGGAAGAGUUGCAGAGUUAAUAGAAAAGAAUGACAUUGUUGAUUUAUUUUUUAUUAUUAAUUAUGCUAUUUUCUCGAACAUAUGGGCUAUUUACUAGAAAACCAUGGACAAUAUGGACAGAGAUAUAAGAAAUGAAUAAUACAUUGAACAAAAAUAUAAAUACAACAUGUAAAGUGUUGGUCCCAUGUUUCAUGAGCUGAAAUAAUAAUAAUAGAUCCCAGAAAUAUUUCAUACACACAAAAAGCUUAUUUCUCUCAAUUUUUGUGUACAAAUUUGUUUACAUCCCUUUUAGUGAGCAUUUCCAGAAAAAUUGCACAUUGAGCUCACAGAAAACCCCAGAAAGAUUAACCAAUUGAACCAACAUUGGUCAAUUUUCUUUUUAAGAAUGAAAAAAUUACCUAAAUUCCGGUUAAAUUCAGUCACACAUUGUCUUUACCCAACAGAGUUAGACCUAGAAAUAUCUAGCAAACUCCCAUACCUGACCCAGAUGUUCAUCCCAGCAUCAACAGUCUUUUCUCCGUGUAUAUCAAUGAUGUCGCUCUUGCUGCUGGUGACUCUCAGAUCCACCUCUACACAGACGACACCAUUUUGUAUACAACUGGCCCUUCAUUGGACACUGUGUUAACAAACCUCCAAACGAGCUUCAAUACCAUACAACACUCCUUCCGUAGCCUCCAACUGCUCUUAAACACUAGUAAAACUAAAUGCAUGCUCUUCAAUCGAACGCUGCUGGCACCCGCCCACCCGACUAGAAUCACUAUUCUCGACGGGUCUGACCUAGAGUAUGUGGACAACUACAAAUACCUAGGUGUCUGGUUAGACUGUAAACUCUCCUUCCAGACUCACAUUAAGCAUCUCCAAUCCAAAGUGAAAUCUAGACUCAGCUUCCUAUUUCGCAACAAAGCCUCCUUCACUCAUGCCGCCAAACAUGCCCUCGUAAAACUGACUAUCCUACCGAUCCUUGACUUCGGCGAUGUCAUUUACAAAAUAGCCUCUAACACUCUACUCAGCAAAUUGGAUGUAGUCUAUCACAGUGCCAUCCGUUGUCACCAAAGCCCCAUAUACUACCCACCACUGUGACCUGUACGCUCUUGUUGGCUGGUCCUCACUACAUAUUCGUCGCCAAACCCACUGGCUCCAGGCCAUCUAUAAAUCACUGCUAGGCAAAUCUCUGCCUUAUCUUAGCUCAUUGGUCACCAUAGCAACACCCACCCUUAGUAUGCGCUCCAACAGGUAUAUCUCACUGGUCAUCCCCAAACCCAACACCUCCUUUGGCCGCCAUUCCUUCCAGUUCUCUGCUGCAAAUGACUGGAACGAACUGCAAAAAUCUCUGAAGCUGGAGACUCUUAUCUCCCUCACUAUCUUUAAGCAUCAGUUGUCAGAGCAGCUUACCGAUCACUGCACCUGUACACAGCCCAUCUGUAAUUAGCCCACCCAACUACCUCAUCCCCAUAUUGUUAUUUACAUUGUUACAUUGUUAUUUAUUUUGCUCAUUUGCACCCCAGUAUCUCUAUUUGCACAUCAUCUUCUGCACAUCUGUCAAUCCAGUGUUAAUACUAAAUUGUAACUAUUUUGCACUAUGGCCUAUUUAUUGCCUUACCUCCAUAACUUACUACAUUUGCACACACUGUAUAUAGAUUUUCUAUUGUGUUAUUGACUGUACGUUUUGUUUUACCCCAUAUGUAACUCUGUUGUUUUUAUCGCACUGCUUUGCUUUAUCUUGGCCAGGUCGCAGUUGUCAAUGAGAACUUGUUCUCAACUGGCUUACCUGGUUAAAUAUAUAUAUAUUUUUUAAUCUGUAUUCUCAGUCAUGUGAAAUCCAUAGAUUAGGGCCUAAUGAAUUUAUUUAAAUUGACUGAUUUUCUUUUAUGAGCUGUAACUCAGUAAAGUCUUUGAAAUUGUUGCAUGUUGCGUUUAUAUUUUUGUUCUCUCUCUGUGUGUGUGUGUGUGCAGUGCAUUCGGAAAGUAUUGACCCCUUUACUUUUUCCACAUUUUGUUACGUUACAGCCUUAUUCUAAAAUGGAUUAAAUUGUUUUUUCCCCCCUCAUCAAUCUACACACAAUACCCCAUAAUGACAAAGCAAAAACAGGUUUUUAGAAUGUUUUGCAAAUCUAUUAAAAAUAAAAAACUGAAAUAUCAGUUUUCAGACACUUUACUUAGUACUUUGUUGAAACACCUUCAGCAACGAUUACAGCCUCGAGUCUUCUUGGGUAUGAUGCUACAGUGGGGAAAAAAAGUAUUUAGUCAGCCACCAAUUGUGCAAGUUCUCCCACUUAAAAAGAUGAGAGAGGCCUGUAAUUUUCAUCAUAGGUACACGUCAACUAUGACAGACAAAUUGAGAUUUUUUUUCUUCAGAAAAUCACAUUGUAGGAUUUUUUAUGAAUUUAUUUGCAAAUUAUGGUGGAAAAUAAGUAUUUGGUCACCUACAAACAAGCAAGACUUCUGGCUCUCACAGACCUGUAACUUCUUCUUUAAGAGGCUCCUCUGUCCUCCACUUGUUACCUGUAUUAAUGGCACCUGUUUGAACUUGUUAUCAGUAUAAAAUACACCUGUCCACAACCUCAAACUGACACACUCCAAACACCACUAUGGCCAAGACCAAAGAGCUGUCAAAGGACACCAGAAACAAAAUUGUAGACCUGCACCAGGCUGGGAAGACUGAAUCUACAAUAGGUAAGCAGCUUGGUUUGAAGAAAUCAACUGUGGGAGCAAUUAUUAGGAAAUGGAAGACAUACAAGACCACUGAUAAUCUCCCUCGAUCUGGGGCUCCACGCAAGAUCUCACCCCGUGGGGUCAAAUUGAUCACAAGAACGGUGAGCAAAAAUCCCAGAACCACACGGGGGGACCUAGUGAAUGACCUGCAGAGAGCUGGGACCAAAGUAACAAAGCCUACCAUCAGUAACACACUACGCCGCCAGGGACUCAAAUCCUGCAGUGCCAGAUGUGUCCCCCUGCUUAAGCCAGUACAUGUCCAGGCCCGUCUGAAGUUUGCUAGAGUGCAUUUGGAUGAUCAGGAAGAGGAUUGGGAGAAUGUCAUAUGGUCAGAUGAAACCAAAAUAGAACUUUUUGGUAAAAACUCAACUCGUCGUGUUUGGAGGACAAAGAAUGCUGAGUUGCAUCCAAAGAACACCAUACCUACUGUGAAGCAUGGGGGUGGAAACAUCGUGCUUUGGGGCUGUUUUUCUGCAAAGGGACCAGGACGACUGAUCCGUGUAAAGGAAAUAAUGAAUGGGGCAAUGUAUCGUGAGAUUUUGAGUGAAAACCUCCUUCCAUCAGCAAGGGCAUUGAAGAUGAAACGUGGCUGGGUCUUUCAGCAUGAUAAUGAUCCCAAACACACCGCCCGGGCAACGAAGGAGUGGCUUCGUAAGAAGCAUUUCAAGGUCCUGGAGUGGCCUAGCCAGUCUCCAGAUCUCAACCCCAUAGAAAAUCUUUGGAGGGAGUUGAAAGUCCGUGUUGCCCAGCAACAGCCCCAAAACAUCACUGCUCUAGAGGAGAUCUGCAUGGAGGAAUGGGCCAAAAUACCAGCAACAGUGUGUGAAAACCUUGUGAAGACAUACAGAAAACGUUUGACCUGUGUCAUUGCCAACAAAGGGUAUAUAACAAAGUAUUGAGAAACUUUUGUUAUUGACCAAAUACUUAUUUUCCACCAUAAUUUGCAAAUAAAUUCAUAAAAAAUCCUACAAUGUGAUUUUCGGAAAAGAUUUUUCUCAUUUUGUCUGUCAUUGUUGACGUGUACCUAUGAUGAAAAUUACAGGCCUCUCAUCUUUUUAAGUGGGAGAACUUGCACAAUUGGUGGCUGACUAAAUACUUUUUUCCCCCACUGUAUAAGCUUGGCACACCUGUAUUUGGGGAGUUUCUCCCAUUCUUCUCUGCAGAUCCUCUCAAGCUCUGUCUGGUUGGAUGGUUGGAUGGGGAGCGUCGCUGCACAGCUAUUUUCAGGUUUCGCCAGAGAUGUUCGAUUGGGUUCAAGUCCGGGCUCUGGCUGGGCCACUCGAAGACAUUGAGACUUGUCCUGAAGCCACUCCUGCGUUGUCUUGGCUGUGCACUUAGGUUCGUUGCCUCAGUCUGAGGUCCUGAGCACUCUGGAGCAGGUUUUCAUCAAGGAUCUCUGUACUUUGCUCUGUUCAUCUUUCAUUCGACCCUGACUAGUCUCCCAGUCCCUGCCGCUGAAAAACUAUGGAUGGUGCCAGGUUUCCUCCAGACGUGGCGCUUGGCAUUCAGGCCAAAGAGGUCAAUCUUGGUUUCAUCAGACCAGAGUAUCUUGUUUCUCAUGGUCUGAGAGUCCUUUAGGUGCCUUUUGGCAAACUCCAAGUGGGCUGUCAUGUGCCUUUUAUUGAGGAGUGGCUUCCGUCUGGCCACUCUAAAAACCUGUUUUCGCUUUGUCAUCAUGGGGUAUUGUGUGUAGAUUGAGGAAAAAAAUAUAUGUAAUCAAUUUUAGUAUAACGCUGUAACGUAACAAUAUGUGGAAAAUGGGAAGGGGUCUAAAUACUUUCCGAAUGCGCUGUGUUUGUAUGUGUACAUUUUAGAAUAAUAGUGAAGACAUCAAAACUAUGAAAUAACACAUUUGGAAUCAUGUAGUAACCAAAAAAGUGUUAAAGAAAUUAAAAUAUAUUCUAUAUUUGAGAUUCUUCAAAUAGCCACCCUUUACCUUGCUGACAGCUUUGCACACUCUUGGCUUUCUCUCAACCAUCUUCAUGAAGUAGUCACCUGGAAUGCAUUUCAAUUAACAGGUGUGCCGUUUUAAAAGUUAAUUUGUGGAAUUUCUUUCCUUCUUAAUUCGUUUGAGCCAGUCAGUUGUGUUGUGACAAGGUGGGGGGCUGUACAGAAGAUAGCCCUAUUUGGUAAAAGACCAAGUCCAUAUUAUGGCAAGAACAGCUCAAAUAAGCAAAGAGAAACAACAGUCCAUCAUUACUUUAAGACAUGAAGGUCAGUCAAUCUGGAAGAUUUCAAUAACUUUUAAAGUUUCUUCAAGUGCAGUCGCAAAAACCAUCAAGCGCUUUGAUGAAACUGGCUCUCAUGAGGACCGGAAUGGAAUGGAAGACCCAGAGUUAACUCUGCUGCAGAGGAUAAGUUCAUUAGAGUUCCCAGGCUCAGAAAUUGCAGCCCAAAUAAAUGCUUCAGAGUUCAAGUAACAGACACAUCUCAACAUCAACUGUUCAGAGGAGACUGUGUGAAUCAGGCCUUCAUGGUCAAAUUGCUGCAAAGAAACCACUACUGAAGGACACCAAUAAUAAUAAGAGACUUGCUUGGGCCAAGAAACACGAGCAAUGGACAUUAGACCGGUGGAAAUAUGUCCUUUGGUCUGAUGAGUCCAAAUUUGAGAUUUUUGGUUCCAACCGCCAUGUCUUUGUGAGACUCGUGUGGGUGAACGGAUGAUCUCCGCAUAUGUAUUUCCCACUGGAAAGCAUGGAGGAGGAGGUGUUAUGGUGUGGGGGUGCUUUGCUGGUGACACUGUCUGUGAUUUAUUUAGAAUUCAAGGCACAUUUAACCAGCAUGGCUACCACAGCAUUCUGCAGCGAUACGCCAUCCCAUCUGGUUUGGGCUUAGUGGGACUAUCAUUUGUUUUUCAACGUGACCCAAUACACCUCCAGGCUGUGUAAGGGCUAUUUGUCCAAGAAGGAGAGUGAUUGAGUGCUGCAUCAGAUGACCUGGCCUCCACAAUUCCCCGACCUCAACCAAAUUGAGAUGGUUUGGGAUGAGUCGGACGGCAGAGUGAAGGAAAAGCAGCCAACAAGUGCUAAGCAUAUGUGGGAACUCCUUCAAGACUGUUGGAAAAGCAUUCCAGGUUAAGCUGGUUGAGAGAAUGCCAAGAGUGUCAAAGCUGUCAUAAUGGCAAAGGGUGGCUAUUUGAAGAAUCUCAAAUAAAAAAUAUAUUUUGAUUUGUUUAACACUUUUUUGGUUACUACAUGAUUCCAUGUGUUAUUUCAUAGUUUUGAUGUCUUCACUAUUAUUCUAGAAUGUAUAAAAUAGUAAAAAUAAAGAAAAACCCUUGAAUGAGUAGGUGUUAUAAAACGUUUGACCGGGUGUGUGUGUGUGUAUAUAUAUGUAUGUAUGUAUGUAUGAAUGUAUAUAUUUUUUUUUUUUAGUUAUUAUGUUAAUUACCAAAAUUGCAGAAGAAUCCGGUAACUUUAGUAAAUUACCUCUCUCUCUCUCUCUCUCUCUCUCUCUCUCUCUCUCUCUCUCUCUCUCUCUCUCCUCUCUCUCUCUCUCUCUCUCUCUCUCUCUCUCUCUCUCUCUCUCUCUCUCUCUCUCUCUCUCUCUCUCUCUCUCUCUCUCCUCUCUCUCUCUCUCUCUCUCUCUCUCUCUCUCUCAGGUAUGAGAAGAUGAUCAGUGGGAUGUACCUUGGGGAGAUAGUGAGGAGCGUACUGCUGGAGUUCACUGCUAAGGGACUUCUGUUCCGAGGCAAACUCUCUGAGAGGCUCAAGACCAGAGGCAUCUUUGAAACCAAGUUCCUCUCCCAGAUCGAGAGGUGAGUCUGUGUCAGUUUGUUUGUCUGGGAAUGUUUGUGGCAAUUACACCUUCAGUAAAUUUUUAGUGUUGAUGUCUGAUGAGCAAAAGGAAGAUUUGGGAAAGUGUGUCACUAAAGACGUUAACAGUCAUGGUGGGAGCAACGUGUGAAUCCCUUUUUCUGGGUAUCAAAGCUAUUGGAUUUGACACCAAAAUGUCUAGCAUAGGAUGGAGAACAAUGUGUGCACUUCAUGUUCACAAAAUGUGUUGAUUUGAUAUAGAUGUUGAUAUUUACUUGACUGUUGUCUAACAGUCAGUGCCUGUCUCUCCCUCACUCUCCCCCCCUUGUCAGUGACCGUCUGGCCCUGAGGCAGGUGCGCUCCAUCCUGCAGCACCUGGGUCUGACCAGCUCUACGUGUGACGACAGUAUCCUGGUGAAGGAGGUGUGCAGCGUGGUGGCUCGCCGCGCAGCCCAGCUCUGUGGUGCCGGCCUGGCCGCUGUGGUCGAUAAGAUCCGGCAGAACCGCAACCUCCCCGAGCUCAAAAUCACAGUGGGUGUCGAUGGAACACUCUACAAACUACAUCCACAGUGAGUGGUUAUUAGAUAGUAUUAUCACAAAAAGACAGUCAGGUUAAAGCUAUACUCCAUGGGCUGUAUUCAUGAAUCAUCUCAGAGUACGAGUGCUGAUAUAGGGUUUAGCCUUUUCGAUUACAAUGAAAAACAUUAUAUAGACUGGGUGUACUCUCCUACUCCUAGAUCAGCACUGUUAUUCGUACACUUUUUGAAUACGGGCCCAGACGUUAAUUGCACAUUUAACUGUAGGCAGCUGGUAGUUUUAGUUUAUAGCCUUUACUUUGCUCAUACUUUUUUCUUUAUUAUCUUACUGAAUCUAUGAAUAAAAUGAGCCAAAAGGAGAAACAAUGAGAAACUCUAACCUAAGUUCUUCUGCGAUGCUCUGUUUCCAUGGUUUCCAUUUCGUGGUUACGUAGGUAGAAUUGUGUAAAUGCCAACAUCAAUCAAGUUAAUGAAAAUGUUACGCAGGGUUUAUUUAUGCAUUUACAAACCUAAUCGGUGUGAUGUAUGGAGUUUAAUUGGAGUGAGAUAUAGAUAUAUGCAGUGCCUUCGGAAAGUAUUCAGAUCCCUUAACUUUUUCCACAUUUUGUUAGGUUACAGCCUUAUUCUAAAAUUGAUUAAAGAAAACAAUUUCCUCAUCAAUCUACAGACAAUACCCCAUAAUGACAAAGAGAAAACAGGUUUUUAGAAAUUUUUGCACAUUUAUUAAAAACAAAAAACAGAUGCCUUAUUUACAUAAGUAUGCUACGAGACUCGAAAUUGAGCUCAGGUGGAAAAUGUCGAAAAAGUCAAGGGGUCUGAAUACUUUUCGAAGACACUGCAUAUAUCUAAAAUGCCAAGAGUGUGCAAAGCUGUCAUCAAGGCAAAGGGUGGCUAUUUGAAGAAGCUCAAAUAGAAAAUAUAUUUUGAUUUGUUUAACACUUUUUUGGGGGGGGUUACUACAUGAUUCCAUAUGUGUUAUUUCAUAGUUUUGAUGUCUUCACUAUUAUUCUACAAUGUAGAAAAUAGUAAAAAUAAAGAAAAACCCUUGAAUGAGUAGGUGUUCUAAAACUUUUACCCAUAUAUAAUAAGCAUCUGGGAAUCCUAAAGUCUAUCCUCAAAUACCUUUUAACAGCACCUUCUUACAGUUACUGCAUGUACACCUGCCUAUGGGUUUGCCUGAUUCGCUUGUCCCUGGCCAUGUGAACUCACUUCCCCUUCAUUCCCUGCAGCUUCUGGUCCAUUGUCUAUUCUCAGUAAGAACAUUCUAACCUGGGACGUGUUGAAUGGAGCUGAAGGAUGGGACUAAUAACUAACAACAAGAUAGCUAAUGUUAAGCAUACUGUGUCCAUAAUAAGUAUAUAGGUUAUAGGUUGAGAGCUUUUGUGAAAGAGCACAGUUAGAAAGAUAUGGCAUAUAGAAGAAAACCGGAUGGACAUCAUGAAAAUGAUCAGUUGAGGGUAGAAGUUCAGGAGUAAAAAACAAACAAAAUAUAAUUAUUGUAAGUUUCCAUAAAAUGUAUAUAGUAUGUAUAAGCUAGAAGUAGAGGCCUAAGCGUUGUUGUUCACUAGUUUACUCCAAUUAGGGAAGGGGUGGUGGGGUUGGAAAGUUAUAAAGGGAAAUAUAUUUUUUAAAAGGCUAUGUAUGUAUGUAUGUAUGUAUGUAUGUAUGUAUGUAUGUGUAUUUAUUUAUUGCGAGAGAAAAAAAUAUGGGGGAUUGGAGGUGAUGCUGAUCUAUCCCCCUUAAAAAAAAAAUUAUAUAUAUAUAUAUAUAUAUAUAAAGUAUUUGAUCCCCUGCUGAUUUUGUACGUUUGCCCACUGACAAAGAAAUGAUCAGUCUAUAAUUUUAAUGGUAGGUUUAUUUGAACAGUGAGAGACAGAAUAACAACAACAAAAAAUCCACAAAAACGCAUGUCAAAAAUGUUAUAAAUUGAUUUGCAUUUUAAUGAGGGGAAAAAAGUAUUUGACCCCCUCUCAAUCAGAAAGAUUUCUGGCUCCCAUGUGUCUUUUAUACAGGUAACGAGCUGAGAUUAGGAGCACUCCCUUUAAUAAAGGGAGUGCUCCUAAUCUCAGUUUGUUAAAGGGAGUGCUCCUAAUCUCAGCUUGUUAUCUGUAUAAAAGACAGCUGUCCACAGAAGCAAUCAAUCAAUCAGAUUCCAAACUCUCCACCAUGGCCAAGACCAAAGAGCUCUCCAAGGAUGUCAGGGACAAGAUUGUAGACCUACACAAGACUGAAAUGGGCUACAAGACCAUCGCUAAGCAGCUUGGUGAGAAGGUGACAACAGUUGCUGCGAUUAUUUGCAAAUGGAAGAAACACAAAAGAACUGUCAAUCUCCCUCGGCCUGGGACUCCAUGCAAGAUCUCACCUCGUGGAGUUGCAAUGAUCAUGAGAACGGUGAGGAAUCAGCCCAGAACUACACGGGAGGAUCUUGUCAAUGAUCUCAAGGCAGCUGGAACCAUAGUCACCAAGAAAACAAUUGGUAACACACUACGCCGUGAAGGACUGAAAUCCUGCAGCGCCUGCAAGGUCCCCCUGCUCAAGAAAGCACAUAUACAGGGCCGUCUGAAGUUUGCCAAUGAACAGAACUGGGUGAAAGUGUUGUGGUCAGAUGAGACCAAAAUUGAGCUCUUUGGCAUCAACUCAACUCGCCGUGUUCGGAGGAGGAGGAAUGCUGCCUAUGACCCCAAGAACAUCAUCCCCACCGUCAAACAUGGAGGUGGAAACAUUAUGCUUUGGGGGUGUUUUUCUGCUAAGGGGACAGGACAACUUCACUGCAUCAAAGGGACGAUGGACGAGGCCAUGUACUGUCAAAUCUUGGGUGAGAACCUCCUUCCCUCAGCCAGGGCAUUGAAAAUGGGUCGUGGAUGGGUAUUCCAGCUUGACAAUGACCCAAAACACACGGCCAAGGCAACAAAGGAGUGGCUCAAGAAGAAGCACAUUAAGGUCCUGGAGUGGCCUAGCCAGUCUCCAGACCUUAAUCCCAUAGAAAAUCUGUGGAGGGAGCUGAAGGUUCGAGUUGCCAAACGUCAGCCUCGAAACCUUAAUGACUUGGAGAAGAUCUGCAAAGAGGAGUGGGACAAAAUCCCUCCUGAGAUGUGUGCAAACCUGGUGGCCAACUACAAGAAACGUCUGACCUCUGUGAUUGCCUGCAACAUCCUCCAGCAUGACCGGUUUGGCGGUGGGUCAGUCAUGAUGUGGGGUGGCAUUUCUUUGGGGGGCCGCACAGCCCUCCAUGUGCUCGCAAGAGGUAGCCUGACUGCCAUUAGGUACCGAGAUGAGAUCCUCCGACCCCUUGUGAGACCAUAUGCUGGUGCGGUUGGCCCUGGGUUCCUCCUAAUGCAAGACAAUGCUAGACCUCAUGUGGCUGGAGUGUGUCAGCAGUUCCUGCAAGAGGAAGGCAUUGAUGCUAUGGACUGGCCUGCCCGUUCCCCAGACCUGAAUCCAAUUGAGCACAUCUGGGACAUCAUGUCUCGCUCCAUCCACCAACGCCACGUUGCACCACAGACUGUCCAGGAGUUGGCGGAUGCUUUAGUCCAGGUCUGGGAGGAGAUCCCUCAGGAGACCAUCUGCCACCUCAUCAGGAGCAUGCCCAGGCGUUGUAGGGAGGUCAUACAGGCACGUGGAGGCCACACACACUACUGAGCCUCAUUUUGACUUGUUUUAAGGACAUUACAUCAAAGUUGGAUCAGCUUGUAGUGUGGUUUUCCACUUUAAUUUUGAGGGUGACUCCAAAUCCAGACCUCCAUGGGUUGAUAAAUUUGAUUUCCAUUGAUAAUUUUUGUGUGAUUUUGUUGUCAGCACAUUCAACUAUGUAAAGAAAAAAGUAUUUAAUAAGAUUAUUUCAUUCAUUCAGAUCUAGGAUGUGUUGUUUAAGUGUUCCCUUUAUUUUUUUGAGCAGUGUGUAUAUAAAAAGACAAAAAAACGAACAAACAAAAAAACAUUCUGCCUCAUCGCUCUCCUUCUCUCCUCUUCACAGCUUCUCCAGCAUCAUGCAUGAGACGGUCAGGGACCUGGCGCCGCAGUGCGAGGUCACGUUCCUCCAAUCAGAGGACGGA